AUGGCUGAUGGCCAGAGUGCCAUGCCUGUGCUCAGUGGUAAAUCGAAAUACUCAGACGCUCAGAGUAGUUUUAAUGGGAGAUUGUUUGGGCCGCUUAUUCGGGGUGUGAUCGUGAGGCAAUGGCUUUGGGCAGCAGCCACAGCCAUGUUGUUAAGGGCUUGGUAAGGGAAGUUGGUAUGUCCAUUGCGCACUCUAUUAAAAUCUCUGAUACCCUUACCUACUGUUUAGGUUUUAAGGUUUUAUAGAUAAGGCAGACGUAUUUGUGUUGAUAACAGAAUACACAUCUGCUUUAUUGAAGGACUAUUCUGGCUGCAGUAGGGUUGUGUACAUCUCAUUCCACUCAGGUUUGUAAGGCACUCUGCUGCUGCUCUGCAUAGCAAGGAAGCAAAGUCUAAAAUAGUUAUUAUAGGAUAGUUGGGUCAGAACAUCUAGGACAAAGCAGAUGGAAGAUAUUAUGUAUUUAUUUAUUUUAUUUAUUAUUAUUAUGCAAUUUGAUUAAUUUCAAGUGUCACAAUGUCCAUCGACAAAGUUGAUUUACGUCCCUUUUUAAGCAUUUGCUGUUUAGCAAUGCUACAUGCGGCAUCAGGCUCGGAUACCCAGGUUAUGAUAUGUAUGUACCUGGGCUGUGACCAUCGACUGAGGUGUCGACACAGCCCUCUCACCCGUCAUCGGAACUGACGGGGCUAAAGCCAUGGGAGGGGAGCUGUCAGUGUUACGCAUUGACCUGAUGCAGCGACACAGACUGAGAGCUGCAACCAGACACAGGUGUACAGACCGCACAGUACUAAGAUGGCAGCAUCGGUACAAAUCACAGCCAGAAUGUCUGGCAAUGUCCAGACGAUGUAGGCCAAAUAGUCUAGACUACUUAAGGAUAUAUUUUGGUGUGGGGAGCAUGGUUGCUCCUUCCAACCACAGAACAAACAACUGCUCUGUUUUGAGAGCUUAACAAAAGGCUGUUUAGUGUAUCCGUAUUGGUACGGUGAGAAUUAGCAUGGAGAUUAUGAGUUUGAAUAGUCAGCGAUUGAGACACUUCCGCUUUCUUAGUUAAUUGAAUAUACCUUUUAAAUUCAAGUCCUUUGAGGAGAAAGGUGAUAUCCGACACCAAGGAUAUCUCACACAAUGAUGUGGUGGUUUUGAGAGAUCAUAUUUUGUAGCUAUAUGAAAAUGCCCGGGACUACUUUUUCCCCAUGUAUACUGAACAAAAAUAUAACAACAAUUUCAAAGAUUUUGCUGAGUUACAGUUCAUAUAAGGAAAUUAGUCAUUUGAAAUAAAUUCAUUAGGCCCUAAUCUAUGGAUUUCACAUGACAGGGCAGGGGCGCAGCAAUGGGUGGGAGACAUUGCCCACCCACUUGGGAGACAUUGCCCACCCACUGGGGAGCAAGGCCCAGCCAAUCAGAAUUAGUUCUUCCCCCAGACAGAAAUACUCCUCAGUUUCAUCAGCUGUCUGGGUGGCUGGUCUCAGACGAUCCUGCAGGUGAAGAAGCCGUAUAUCGACGUCAUGGGCUGGCGUGGUUACACGUGGUCUGCGGUUGUGAGGCCGGUUGGACGUACUGCCAAAUUUUCGAAAACGGCGUUGGAGGCGGCUUAUGGUAGAGAUUAAUAUUAAAUUCUCUGGCAACAGCCCUGGUGGACAGUCAGCAUGCCAAUUUCACACUCUCAGAACAUGAGACAUCUGUGGCGUUGUGACACAACUGCACAUUUUAGAGUGGCCUUUUAUUGUCCCCAGCACCUGUGUAAUGAUCAUGCUGUUUAAUCAACUUCUUGAUAUGCCACACCUGUCAGGUGGAUGGAUUAUCUUGGCAAAGGAGAUAUGCUUACUGAAAGGGAACAAACUGCAGAAAUCUCUGAUGCUUAUCUCCCUCACUAAAUUUAAGCAUCAGUUGUCAGCAGCUUUACUGAUCACUGCACCUGUACACAGCCCAUCUUUAAUUAGCCCACCCAACUACCUCAUCCCCAUAUUGUUAUUUACAUUGUUAUUUAUUUUGCUCAUUUGCACCCCAGUAUCUCUAUUUGCACAUCAUCUUCUGCACAUCUAUCACUCCAGUGUUAAUACUAAAUUGUAAUUAUUUUGCACUAUGGCCUAUUUAUUGCUUUAUCUCCAUAACUUACUACAUUUGCACACACUGUAUAUAUAUUUUUUAUAUAUAUUGUGUGAUAGACUGUACGUUUUGUUUAUUCCAUAUGUAACUCUGCGUUGUUGUUUUUAUCACUCUGCUUUGCUUUAUCUUGGCCAGGUCGCAGUUGUAAAUGAGAACUUGUUCUCAACUGGCUUACCUGGUUAAAUAAAGGUGAAAUUAAAAAUAAAUAAAAUAAACAAAUGUGUGCACAAAAUUUGAGAGAAAUUAACUUUCUGUGCCUAUGGGACAUUUCUGGGGUCUUAUUUCAGCUCAUGAAACAUGGGACCAACACUUUACGUCUUGUGUUUUGUUCAGAAUACUAUGUCUUCCUCAAAGAGAAUAUGGCACUGAGACGUGCAUAGGGCAAUCCCUUUGACCUUCUCAUUACUGGUCAAAGCACAGGGCAUAAGGAUUCCCAUUGUUGUAUGACUAUUCCUGUUUUGGAUACUUCAUGAAUGUUUUCCAGUACGAUAAUAUAAUAUGUGCUUUACUUUCAGCUGUUGAAGAAUCCGAAAGUGAUAUCUACAUGCGCUUUAUGAAGUCGCACAAGUGCUAUGACAUUGUUCCUACCAGCUCCAAGCUCGUGGUUUUUGACACUACUCUGCAAGUAAGUGUUCCGUCUAUUGAACAUCUCCUACUGUAUAAAGACGUCUGACACAAGAAGUCACACAACGUUGUGCUGUAGUCCCCACUAACAUAAUGUUCCAUCUACACAAGUGGUCAAUAGGAAACGUAUGUGUCCGUUGUUUUAUCGACUGCAGUAACUUCAAACGCAAUUGUGUCAUGGCUUUAACCAUGAUACUAUGUCUCUGGUUACUAAUUGAUCUAAAUUCUGUUAUGGCCUUGGUUUGGAAAGUUGUACAAAUGUCUCUAUGCAGUUUUUAACUGCUGCACAAACAUGAGCUGGUUACUUUGUAUUUUAUUGUUAUUAUUUAUUUUUGUAUAUUAAAACAUGAGCUGGAGACUUACUACUAUAGCCAGAAUAGACUAUUAUGAUAUCCGCUCUUUAAAAGUCUCUGUUUCAGUUCCUCUCUCUUGAAGCUUGUCACACUUUAAAACCAAUUGUAAUCCCUCCCACUGUCCUGUCUUCACAAAAAAAUGCUUUUGUUUGACCUUGUGACUCGAUAGGCCUUUGCAAUUAAAAAGCUCAAUUUUUAUCCGGGGAAGAGUGUUAUCUCUGAUCCACCAUGUCUCUCAGGGGUCUCAACCCGCCAUGGUUAGGGACACGCAACACUUCAGUCUACACCAAAUAAACAUACAAAAAAUCAACACCCAACUACAACCAGUGAAAACAAGGAGCAGUUAGAAGUCUUUAAUAAUACAGCUGCAGUCCAGCAGUCACAACAAUACCGAAGAAUUAACAACACCUCAGUCAAAUAGCUUGAAACAGUUCUUUUUUAACCCUUUACACUCGUGGGAAUUGGCCUAUAUGGUUAGGGUUAAAUUGAAAUGUUUCUUACAGAAGAAAUAUGAAAAGCAUAUGCAUGGCAGCAAUUGAAAUCAAUCAAAUGUAUUUAUAAAGCCCUCUUUUCAUCAGCAGAUAUCACAAAGUGCUAUACAAAAACCCAGCCUAAAACCCCAAACAGCAAGCAAUGCAGAUGUAGAGGUUAUGGGAAAAUUAUUAGACCAAAGUUGAGGACACAACAGUUCAUCUGACACAAGACUGAAUCCAAACAUUACACUGGUGAUUUUUCACUGCAUUUGUUGAUUAACGAAAUCUGUAAAUUCUCUGGAAACAUUCAGUGACAUGAUAAGAAUAUUCCUGGAAGAUGUGGGGUAGGUGCAACAUAAGACAAAAAAAUGACAAGGGUUUGAGUGAGAGGUCUAACUGGUGUUUCCAAGUGGCCACACACCUCUCCAAAGUGUGUACAGUUCCGAAGUAAUUUCAAUUCUUCAACUAUAAGGUGCCUUGUUUUUUAAGCUCUCCUAGCUGUGCUGUUGAGGAAAUAGAGCACAACCCUGCAUCCCCGCCAUCACACAAUUACUGUUGUUGUUUACGCAAUCCAAAAAUGGCCCAUUUUAUAAAUCGCAAUCUGUGUCAGGUGGGCAUCAUUUGCAGUGUUUCCCCUAUAUUAAUUUACGGCGCGCCAAGCUAAAUCGUUGCUGUCACUCCAGAAAAUACAUUAUUUUAAAUUAAAACUUUUAAAAAAUAAUGUUCGGAUGGUAUAACUUUUAAAUGUCAACUUAAAAGUCUAAAACCAGAUAUAAAUGUAUGUAGAAAAUAUAAUGGAUCUAUAUACAGUACCAGUCAAAAGUUUGGACACACCUACUCAUUCCAGGGUUUUAAGUUAAUUUGACUAUUUUCUACAUUGUAGAAUAAUAGUGAAGACAUCAAAACUAUGAAAUAACACAUAUGGAAUCAUGUAGUAACUAAAGAAAAAGUGUUAAACAAAUCAAAAUAUAUUUUAUAUUUGAGAUUCUUCAAAGUAGCCACCCUUUGCUUUGAUGACAACUUCGCACUUUCUUGGCAUUCUCUCAACCAGCUUCAUGAAGUAGUAACAUGGAAUGCAUUUCAGCAGGAUAGAAUAGUAGCCUCUGGUAAGACAAGGGGUGGCGGUCUAUGUAUAUUUGUAAACAAAAGCUGGUGCACGAUAUCUAAGAAAGUCUCAAGGUUUUGAUCGCCUGAGGUAGAGUAUCUCACGAUAAGCUGUAGACCACACUAUCUACCAAGAGAGUUUAUCUAUAUUCUUUGUAGCUGUCUAUUUACCGCCACAAACCGAUGCUGGCACUAAGACCGCUAACAAUGAACUGUAUAUGGCCAUAAGCAAACAGGAAAACGCUUAUCCAGAGGCAGCACUCCUAGUGGCCGGGGACUUUAAUGCAGGGAAACUUCAAUCCGUUCUACCUCAUUUCUACCAGCAUGUUAAAUGUGCAACCAGAGUGAAAAAAACUCUACACCACCUUUACACAACACACAGAGAUGCGUACAAAGCUCACCCUCGCCCCCAUUUGGCAAAUCUGACCAUAAUUAUAUCCUCCUGCUUACAAGCAAAAACUAAAGCAGGAAGCACCAGUGACUCGGUCAAUAAAAAAGUGGGCAGAUGAAGCAGAUGCUAAGCUACAGGACUGUUUUGCUAGCACAGACUGGAAUAUUUUUCUACCACUGAUGAUAAAUAACCUAGCUAUGGCAGCUAUUAGUCUACUAUAGUGCAAGUAUGUUUGGUUGGUUGCUGUCUCGCCCUGCUCCCUGUGUGACUCGCCUGUUAGAGCGGCACCUCUCUCUCCAUCCUCUCACGCAUUAUCAGCUCCGGUUAAUAAAGUAGCUUAACAAAAUACUUUUCUGCUGCUUCCCUUACUCGGAUCGGACCGGGUCUGGAUUGGACCAGGUCUGUACAGAACGGGUCUAGUUGUCCUCGGGUCCGAUCCGAACAGGUCUCUAUAUUAAAAAAAUUAAUGUAUGCAUAUCGGGUCCGGGUUGGAAAGCCCCAGGUCCAUAUCGGAACGGGUCCAACUUUUUGGACCCGGGAAUACCUCUAUCCCCAGGAAAUAUUACUUCUUAUUUAGUGUAAAAUGUGGAUUCCAAACUGCUUUAAACACAAGGCCAGGUGCCCUUUACCUUAAAUAUAUUACAUUUACAUUUACGUCAUUUAGCAGACGCUCUUAUCCAGAGCGACUUACAAAUUGGUGCAUUCAAUUUAUGAUAGCCAGUGGGACAACGACUUUUUUUUAUGGGGUGGGUAGAAGGAUUACUUUUAUACUAUUUCAGGUAUUCCUUCAAGAGGUAGGGUUUCAAGUGUCUCCGGAAGGUGGUCAGUGACUCCGCUGUCGUGGGGGAGCUUGUUCCACCAUUGAUGAACGUAGUGCCCUCGUUGUGGUGGAUGAACGUAGUGCCCUCGUUUGGGUGUAGGGUUUGAUCAGAGCCUGAAGGUAAGGAGGUGCCGUUCCCCUCACAGCUCCGUAGGCAAGCACCAUGGUCUUGUAGUAGAUGCGAGCCUCAACUGGAAGCCAGUGGAGUGUGCGGAGGAGCGGGUGACAUGAGAGAACUUGGGAAGGUUGAACACCAGACGGGCUGCAGCGUUCUGGAUAAGUUGUAGGGGUUUAAUGGCACAGGCAGGGAGCCCAGCCAACAGCGAGUUGCAGUAAUGCAGGCGGGAGAUGACAAGUGCCUGGAUUAGGACCUGUGCCGCUUUCUGUGUAAGGUAGGGUCGUAUUCUGCGAAUGUUGUAGAGCAUGAACCUGCAGGAUUGGGACACCGCUUUGAUGUUAGCGGAGAACUACAGGGUGUUUUCAUUAUUGUAGUGUCUUAGUUAAAUUCUCUCUCCUCCUAAUGUUUUUUUGUUCAUGAUUCUUGUAUUUAUUAUUUUAUAUAAGAUUUUCUGUGUCCCUGAUAUCACUUUCCACCCUGAAUGUGGUGUCAUUGUAGGAAGUGUCAUAAUUUUUUAGGUGGGAAAAAAAAGUGCAACGCUAAAUAGAUAUAAACACUAUUUUAUCUAUUUUUCCAUGUUAGUCUGUAUGUCCCACUCAUAAAUGUCUACCCUGUUACCCUAAAUUAGAAAAAAUUAACUAAAUUUCAAAAUCUUAAUAGGUCAAUCAUUCUCACUCACAGAGCUAUGGCUAGUUUUAGGCUUCAAAUAUCCACCCUUUUAGGAUUAUGCACCAAACAAUUCACUCCCUGAGCUUGACUAAUGUUUUUCUGAAAGUCAAACGUCAUUUUUCUGAUAGAAUAUUAAAACAAAUGUAAAGCUCCAAAAGGCACCGGAUUGUAGGAAUGACUGUCGUGCAUUCAGGUGCGUGUUCCGUGGCAAAUGUUCUUCACAAUAGACAAACGGCUCAUUCUGUUCAGAACAUCCCAGGGUAUGACACUUUGUCAUCUUGUAACUGUACAUCAAACAUGGUGAUCAUCAACGUUGACACUGUGUAUGACAUGAGUUUUAUGAUAUGGAAAUGUGGCUUGUAUGACAUCAAAGCAGUAUUUAUUAUUAUCCUCAUAAUUUACAACAUUUCCCUCACUCAGAAAACAAAAAAGUUGGAAAAGUUGCUCACUUAGCGGGAGGGAUGGGGGCAACUUCUUGUCACGUGCGGUGUUCAAUUUCAGAAUGUCUGUCAGUCAAAACCCAUACAGAGCUGCGGAGAGCCUGAGCUCUGACAUCAUGUGUAGCAUGUUACUGUACAGCCACUGCGUUCCAAUUUAGGCAUUUAUCAGUGCUCAAAUCUGCCAUUUUCAACCCUUAUACGGGUACGAGUGUAAAGGGUUAAACCAAACCACAACUACUACAGUAGACCAUGACCUUUGAUCAGUGCACCAGUCACAAUGAUGCAAUAAAUAUGUUUGUCUAAUACACCCAGCCCAGUGUCAACAUCACAGUUCAAUGAAAGAGCGCAACUAGACUUUAUUUUUGUAAACUUUUUUUAUUUCAUUUUACUUUCAUACAGUUGUGAUAUAAUUUCUGAAAACCCUUCUGUUGUUUACAGCCAAAUGAACUGUAAAUAUGUUAUUUAAUAUUAGUUGGUGAAGAGUAGAAACCCACUGAAGGUGUUGUAGUUUCCAGCAUCUUCGUAGACUCUCCUGUUAGCGUAGAGCUUGGGCGUAGACAUUGUCUCCCACCUCCAGCUGCACUAUGGCAGCGUUGCUGGCGGAAUCUUCAUGACUUCCUGACCCGACGUCCCAUGUGGACACGAGCUUCUCAUCGUUCUUCAUCAAAGACACAACAGCGUUGGGGCUUCCAUUGUAGAACAUGGUGUAGCGGAUAUAGUACACUCCUCUGACCAUGGCUGUGAAGACGCCUGUAGCAGGGUUGUAUCCACUGCCGAAGUUGGAGAAGACUCUUUUGUACUGCAAGGGUAUGUCAGUGGUGAAGGGUCCGAUGUAACCAGAACCAGAUGUUCUUAGAGCUGCGGAGAAGGCCACCUUUGGCUGACCAGCGGCUAUGUCCUUCUUUAAUAUCUUCAGUUCUUCUUCUUGAGCUUUGUUCGCACGCUUCAGUUCGUCCACCUGGCUCUCGCUGACUUGUAGCCUGGUCGCCACAGCUCCUAGUUUCUGGUCCAUGGUUUCCAGUUUCUCCUUCAGCGCAGUCAGCUCUCUGAUAAACGAGCAGGUGUCAAGCUGACAGUAAGAUAAACUGGUCCCCUCACCUUGUGCCCCAGACAGUGUGAGGCACAGAGACAGCAUUAGUAGGACAACAACUCCCUUCAUUCUUAAAACCUUUUCUUGUCAAGACCGGUCAGUUUUGCAUAGGCUUUUAGCUUGCGUUUUUCUCUUUAUAUUUCAGCUGGUAGUCUUCAGGAACUAUGUGCAGUCAGAGGGGGAUUUUUCUCUUGUAUAGGUAGGGAGGGUCCUUGACAUGUGGAUGAGGAAACUAAGAUCGAGGUCGUCCCUCCCCUUUACUGGAAUAUACUUUAAUUCAUGUUAGAGAAGGGGUCAGUCCAAGGUCCAGAAUUUGCACAAUUGUUUAUUUUUCUUAUCUAUGGAAACUUUGAAUUCAUUUUGUUAUUUUUCAGCAGGACUUUAUUAGGAUAUAUAUAUUUAUAUUUUUUUUAUAUAACUUUACUUAAUAUAUAGUCCACUUUAACAUGUGGAUGAGGAAACUUUGAUAGGAAAAUAGGUUGUCCCUCCCCUUAACCUUUUACCGCUUAAACGGGUCGGACGGCAGAGUGAAGGAAAAGCAGCCAACAAGUGCUCCGCAUAUGUGGUAACUGUUGGAAAAGCAUUACAGGUGAAGCUGGUUGAGAGAAUGCCAAGAGUGUACAAAGCUGUCUAGGCAAAGGUUGGCUACUUUGAAGAAUCUCUAAUACAAAAUAUAUUUUGAUUUGUUUAACACUUUUUUGGUUACCACAUGAUUCCAUAUGUAUUAUUUCAUAGUUUUGAUAUCUUCACUAUUAUUGUACAAUGUAGAAAAUAUCAAAAAUAAACCCUUGAAUGAGUAGGUGUCCAAACUUUUGACUGGUACUGUAUUCUAUAUAUAUAUAUAUAACACACACAUACUCGUCCUAAUACUUACAGUGGGGAAAAAACGUAUUUAGUCAGCCACCAAUUGUGCAAGUUCUCCCACUUAAAAAGAUGAGAGAGGCCUGUAAUUUUCAUCAUAGGUACACGUCAACUAUGACAGACAAAAUGAGGAAAAAAAAUCCAGAAAAUCACAUUGUAGGAUUUUUUAUGAAUUUAUUUGCAAAAUAUGGUGGAAAAUAAGUAUUUGGUCAAUAACAAAAGUUUCUCAAUAAUUUGUUAUAUACCCUUUGUUGGCAAUGACACAGGUCAAAUGUUUUCUGUAAGUCUUCACAAGGUUUUCACACACUGUUGCUGGUAUUUUGGCCCAUUCCUCCAUGCAGAUCUCCUCUAGAGCAGUGAUGUUUUGGGGCAGUCGCUGGGCAACACAGACUUUCAACUCCCUCCAAAGAUUUUCUAUGGGGUUGAGAUCUGGAGACUGGCUAGGCCAUUCCAGGACCUUGAAAUGCUUCUUACGAAGCCACUCCUUCGUUGCCCGGGCGGUGUGUUUGGGAUCAUUGUCAUACUGAAAGACCCAGCCACGUUUCAUCUUCAAUGCCCUUGCUGAUGGAAGGAGGUUUUCACUCAAAAUCUCACGAUACAUGGCCCCAUUCAUUCUUUCCUUUACACGGAUCAGUCGUCCUGGUCCCUUUGCAGAAAAACAGCCCCAAAGCAUGAUGUUUCCACCCCCAUACUUCACAGUAGGUAUGGUGUUCUUUGGAUGCAACUCAGCAUUCUUUGUCCUCCAAACACGACGAGUUGAGUUUUUACCAAAAAGUUCUAUUUUGGUUUCAUCUGACCAUAUGACAUUCUCCCAAUCCUUUUCUGGAUCAUCCAAAUGCACUCUAGCAUGGGCCUGGACAUGUACUGGCUUAAGCAGGGGGACACGUCUGGCACUGCAGGAUUUAAGUACCUGGCGGCGUAGUGUGUUACUGAUGGUAGGCUUUGUUACUUUGGUCCCAGCUCUCUGCAGGUCAUUCACUAGGUCCCCCCGUGUGGUUCUGGGAUUUUUGCUCACCGGGAUUGUGAUCAUUUUGACCCCACGGGGUGAGAUCUUGCGUGGAGCCCCAGAUCGAGGGAGAUUAUCAGUGGUCUUGUAUGCCUUCCAUUUCCUAAUAAUUGCUCCCACAGUUGAUUACUUCAAACCAAGCUGCUUACCUAUUGCAGAUUCAGUCUUCCCAGCCUGGUGCAGGUCUACAAUUUUGUUUCUGGUGUCCUUUGACAGCUCUUUGGUCUUGGCCAUAGUGGAGUUUGGAGUGUGACUGUUUGAGGUUGUGGACAGGUGUCUUUUAUACUGAUAACAAGUUCAAACAGGUGCCAUUAAUACAGGUAACGAGUGGAGGACAGAGGAGCCUCUUAAAGAAGAAGUUACAGGUCUGUGAGAGCCAGAAAUCUUGCUUGUUUGUAGGUGACCAAAUACUUAUUUUCCACCAUAAUUUGCAAAAAAAUUCAUUAAAAAUCCUACAAUGGGAUUUUCUGGAAUUUUUUCCCUCAAUUUGUCUGACAUAGUUGACGUGUACCUAUGAUGAAAAUGACAGGCCUCUCUCAUCUUUUUAAGUGGGAGAACUUGCACAAUUGGUGGCUGACUAAAUACUUUUUUUCCCCACUGUAUAUAUUUCUUUAUUCAAUUUUUUUACUUUAGAUUUGUGUGUAUUGUUGUGAAUUGUUAGAUGUUACUGCACUGUUGGAGCAAGGAACACAAGCAUUUUGCUACACCCUUAAUAACAUCUGCUAAAUAUGUGUAUGCGACCAAUACGUUUUGAUUUGCUGCCCGAUGUGGAAAUUUUCCCAGAUAUUGAAAGCCGUUCAGCAUGUACAAUUACACACGCUCUCACUGUGUAGCCUACUCCAAGUAGGCCGGAGUAGACUGAUACGAAUGCUUUGAUUAGGUAGACUGAUAAAGGGUACAUACCAUUUUAAGAUUAUAAUUAGAAUGGAUCAAUACAAUAGAAUGGCCCACCUUGUUCUUCAAACACAUUUGGUGAUUACAUAAUUAUGCAUCGUUUGCUUCCCCUCGCUCAUCAACUCAUCCAUUCUCCCCCUUUCUCCCCAUCAUACUCUACUUACUUUAUUUAAUCUUAUGUGGGAAAUUAGUUUAAGUUUCGAGACAAUUAUCGGGGUGAUUAUCAGCUGAGCGCUGCACUUUCAACUGUCUGAAGAAGGAUCAGAGCUGGCCCUACUGUUGUGAGGAAGAGGGGCAAUGGGGGCAAAACCAUAAAAACAAAUGACAUGCACUCCUAAAACUGGUUAUAACUCCAGUUCUGUUUGUGAUAUUAAGAUUCUGACAUAGUGUGUUAUGUAGACUUAUUUAGAAAAAGUCAAGGACGGAGGGGGGCAUGACUUAAAAAAUGGCACAAAAAAAACAGCCACAGUCAAAAUGACAGCUUUAGUGCUUCUAGUGUUAAAAGGUUUUUGCAAUAAAAAUUGGUCAACAUUGAAGUAACUAUAAAAAUUUGGGCAACACAUUCAUUUUAAUGGCAUUAACCCUUCCAAUAAGAGAAAGAUGUAGGCUUCCAUAAAGUAAAAUACUGUUUCAAACAAUCUGCUAAAGCAACAAUGUCUGCCUUAAACAAAUUUGAAUAUUUCCUUGUCACUUUAACUCCCAAGUAGGUGAAUUGAUCCCGGACAACCCUAAACUGAAAGCUUGUAAAAGAGCACUUUAAAGCAGCCUGAUUUACAGGAAAAAGUUCAAGCUUGCCUAGAUUCAGCUUGUACCCUGAGAUUGUUCCAAAUUGCUUACGAUUAGAUAAGACAUGUGGUAAUGAGGUAUCUGGGUUGGAGAUUAAUAAAAGGAGGUUGUCUGCAUAUAGAGCGAGACUUUCUGCUUUAACCCCGCUCAGAGUAUACUUUGAAUAGCAUCUUUAGAGCGCAGUGCGACGGCGAGUGGCUCGAUUGCCAAAGCAAACAACAAGGUGGAGAGUGGACACCCCUGUCUAGGUCCACGGUGUAAGGGAAAAUAAUCACAGGACAAGUUGUUAGUCUGUACCGAAGCCAUGGGAUUGAAAUAAUAAUAUUUUUCCUCUCAGUUAAUUUGGGACCCGAAGCCAAAUCUAUGAAAGUUUUUUCCGCAUCGAGCGAGACCACCUCCGGGUCCCCCGAUGCUGGGGAGUACAGUACAUUCUUAAGGCGUCUGAUAUUGAAAAACAAAUGCCUAUUUCUUACAAAGCCAGUCCGGUCAGAGUGUAUUACUUGGUGCAGCGAGCCCUCCAUACGGGUGGUUAAGAGCUUGGCUAGGAUCUUGUAAUCCCAAUUUAAAAGCGAGAUUGGGCGAUAAGAUCCACAUUCCAGGGGUCUUUGUUUUUCUUAAUUAGUAAUUAAAUUGAAGCCUGGUACAGACUAGGUGGUAGCUUUGAUGUAUCAAGGCGCUCUGCAAAUAAUUGAGACAGGAAUGGGCAAAGCAGACUGGAAAAUUUGUUAGGAAAGCCAUCCGGACCCAUUGAUUUACCGCUUUUCAUUGCGGACACUGCAGUUGCUAUCUCCUCAGGUUUUAAAUUCUUCUUCUAAACCGUCAUGAGUCUGUAUCAAUUGAAGGCAUAUUCAGACAUCAAAGAACUAAUCAAUCAACAAAGGAUUGUGAGGAGAUUCAGAGGUGUAUAGUGCAGAGUAAAACAAAUUGAAUUGAUAAUUGAUCUCUUUAUGUUACCGUGGUAGCACCAGGCAGGGUCCUUAUUUGUGGGAUUAAAUGCGAGGCCUCAGAUUUACGGAUCUGAUGUGCAAGGAGUUUACUAUCCUUGUCGCCUUGCUCAUACACUCAGGCUUGUAAGAGUAAUUGUUCAGCUUGUCUGGUAGAGAGCUUGUCAAAUUCAGAUUGGAGUAGCUGGCAUUCUUUUAUAUAGAUCAGAGGAAGGAUCUGUAGCAUACUUUUCAUCUAAUGUAGCUAUGGGUUUGCUCAGGUCUCGAAGCCGCUCAGAGCGAGCUUUGUUUUUGUUGGCUCUGAAAUAAUUUGGCCACGUAGGAAUGCUUUGAGGGACUCCCAUAUGGAACAGCAGGACAUACUUUACCUAGGAACAAGGUGAUUUCAGGAGAAAUGAACUUGACAAAACACCAUUGGUAAUGUAUAGGAGGCUUCUGGGGAAGCUCAAGCACUAAUGGGGAAUGGUCAGAUAUAAAAAUAAGUACACCUCUGGAGGUUAGGCUAAAGUUAGUUUUUGUUAAUAAAUAAGAAAUCAAUGUGGAAGUAUGUUUGGUGAACAUGAGAAAAAAAAGAAUACUGUAUCUGUAGGGUGUAGGAAACGCCAAGCCUCACACACAGCAUAUUUCUGAAGAAAAGAUUGAAUAAGUAGGGCACAUUUAGAUGGGCCAGUAGUUCUUUGUGGUGACUUGUCAAGAACUGGGGACAUUGUACAGUUGAUAUCAUCCCCUAAAAUCAGCGAAUGGCAAUCUAAACUGGGUCGAGCGGAUAAAAAGGUAGAAAUUAAACUUGUCAUCCCAAUUGGGGGCAUAAACACUAGCCAAAACAAGAGGUGUAGAAAACCUUAAGUGUUUACAUGUCCUCAAGUGAGUCUCCUGUAGAAACACAACAUUUGCAUUCAAACCCUUUAAAUGUGUCAGCACCCUCUGACGUUUCACAGGGUUGUUAGCCCCUUUGAUGUUCCAUGAAAUGUACAGUCGUAGUCAGAAGUUUUGAGAAUGACACAAAUAUUAAUUUUCACAAAGUCUGCUGCCUCAGUUUUUAUGAUGGAAAUUUGCAUAUGCUCCAGAAUGUUAUGAAGUGUGAUCAGAUGAAUUGCAAUUAAUUGCAAAGUCCCUCUUUGCCAUGAAAAUGAACUUAAUACCAAAAAAAACAUUUCCACUGCAUUUCAGCCCUGCCACAAAAGGACCAGCUGACAUCAUGUCAGUGAUUCUCUCAUUAACACAGGUGAGAGUGUUGACGAGGACAAGGCUGGAGAUCACUCUGUCAUGCUGAUUGAGGUAGAAUAACAGACUGGAAACUUUAAAAGGAGGGUGGUGCUUGAAAUCAUUGUUCUUCCUCUGUUAACCAUGGUUACCUGCAAGGAAACACGUGCCGUCAUCAUUGCUUUGCACAAAAAGGGCUUCACAGGCAAGGAUAUUGCUGCUAGUAAGAUUGCACCCAAAUCAACCAUUUAUCGGAUCAUCAAGAACAUCAAGGAGAGAGGUUCAAUUGUUGUUAAGAAGGCUUCAGGGCGCCCAAGAAAGUCCAGCAAGCGCCAGGACCGUCUCCUAAAGUUGAUUCAGCUGCGGGAUCGGGGCACCACCGGUGCAGAGCUUGCUCAGGAAUGGCAGCAGGCAGGUGUGAGUGCAUCUGCACGCACAGUGAGGCGAAGACUUUUGGAGGAUGGCCUGGUGUCAAGAAGGGCAGCGAGGAAGCAACUUCUCUCCAGGAAAAACAUCAGGGACAGACUGAUAUUCUGCAAAAGGUACAGGGAUUGGACUGCUAAGGACUGGGGUAAAGUCAUUUUCUCUGAAUCCCCUUUCCGAUUGUUUGGGGCAUCCGGAAAAAAGCUUGUCAGGAGAAGACAAGGUGAGCGCUACCAGCCAACAGUAAAGCAUCCUGAGACCAUUCAUGUGUGGGGUUGCUUCUCAGCCAAGGGAGUGGGCUCACUCACAAUUUUGCCUAAGAACACAGCCAUGAAUAAAGAAUGGUACCAACACAUCCUCCGAGAGCAAUUUCUCCCAACCAUCCAAGAACAGUUUGGUGACGAACAAUGCCUUUUCCAGCAUGAUGGAGCACCUUGCCAUGAGGUAAAAGUGAUAACUAAGUGGCUCGGGGAACAAAACAUUGACAUUUUGGGUCCAUGGCCAGGAAACUCCCCAUUGAGAACUUGUGGUCAAUCCUCAAGAGGCGGGUGGACAAACAAAAACCCACAAAUUCUGACAAACUCCAAGCAUUGAUUAUGCAAGAAUGGGCUGCCAUCAGUCAGGAUGUGACCCAGAAGUUAAUUGACAGCAUGCCAGGGCGGAUUGCAGAGGUCUUGAAAAAGAAGGGUCAACACUGCAAAUAUUGACUAUUUGCAUAAACUUAAUGUAAUUGUCAAUAAAAGCCUUUUAUUAUUCAGUAUACCAUAGUAACAUCUGAUAUAUAUAUAUAUAUAUAUAUAUAUAUCACAGUGGGGAAAAAAAGUAUUUAGUCAGCCACCAAUUGUGCAAGUUCUCCCACUUAAAAAGAUGAGAGGCCUGUAAUUUUCAUCAUAGGUACACGUCAACUGUGACAGACAAAUUGAGAUUUUUUUUCUCCAGAAAAUCAAAUUGUAGGAUUUUUUGUGAAUUUAUUUGCAAAUUUUGGUAGAAAAUAAGUAUUUGGUCACUUACAAACAAGCAAGAUUUCUGGCUCUCACAGACCUGUAACUUCUUCUUUAAGAGGCUCCUCUGUCCUCCACUUGUUACCUGUAUUAAUGGCACCUGUUUCAACUUGUUAUCAGUAUAAAAGACACCUGUCCACAACCUCAAACAGUCGCACUCCAAACUCCACUAUGGCCAAGACCAAAGAGCUGUCAAAGGACACCAGAAACAAAAUUGUAGACCUGCACCAGGCUGGGAAGACUGAAUCUGCAAUAGGUAAGCAGCUUGGUUUGAAGAAAUCAACUGUGGGAGCAAUUAUUAGGAAAUGGAAGACAUAAAAGACCACUGAUAAUCUCCUUCGAUCUGGGGCUCCACGCAAGAUCUCACCCUGUGGGGUCAAAAUGAUCACAAGAACGGUGAGCAAAAAUCCCAGAACCACAUGUGGGGACCUAGUGAAUGACCUGCAGAGAGCUGGGACCAAAGUAACACAACCUACCAUCAGUAACACACUACGCCGCCAGGGACUCAAAUCCUGCAGUGCAAGACGUGUCCCCCUGCUUAAGCCAGUACAUGUCCAGGCCCGUCUGAAGUUUGCUAGAGUGCAUUUGGAUGAUCCAGAAGAGGAUUGGGAGAAUGUCAUAUGGUCAGAUGAACCCAAAAUAUAACUUUUUGGUAAAAACUCAACUCGUCGUGUUUGGAGGACAAAGAAUGCUGAGUUGCAUCCAAAGAACACCAUACCUACUGUGAAGCAUGGGGGUGGAAACAUCAUGUUUUGUGGCUGUUUUUCUGCAAAGGGACCAGGACGACUGAUCCGUGUAAAGGAAAGAAUGAAUGGGGCCAUGUAUCGUGAGAUUUUGAGUGAAAACCUCCUUCCAUCAGCAAGGGCAUUGAAGAUGAAACGUGGCUGGGUCUUUCAGCAUGACAAUGAUCCCAAACACACCGCCUGGGAAACGAAGGAGUGGCUUCGUAAGAAGCAUUUCAAGGUCCUGGAGUGGCCUAGCCAGUCUCCAGAUCUCAACGCCAUAGAAAAUCUUUGGAGGGAGUUGAAAGUCCGUGUUGCCCAGCGACAGCCCCAAAACAUCACUGCUUUAGAGGAGAUCUGCAUGGAGGAAUGGGCCAAAAUAUCUGCAACAGUGUGUGAAAACCUUGUGAAGACUUACAGAAAACGUUUGACCUGUGUCAUUGCCAACAAAGGGUAUAUAACAAAGUAUUGAGAAACUUUUGUUAUUGACCAAAUACUUAUUUUCCACCAUCAUUUGCAAAUAAAUUCAUAAAAAAUCCUACAAUGUGAUUUUCUGGAUUUUUUUUCCUCAUUUUGUCUGUCAUAGUUGACGUGUACCUAUGAUGAAAAUUACAGGCCUCUCUCAUCUUUUUAAGUGGGAGAACAUGCACAAUUGGUGGCUGACUAAAUAUUUUUUUCCCCCACUGUAUACAUAUAUACAUACACUGAAGCAGCAAACUUUGUGAAGACCAAUACUUGUGUCAUUCUCAAACUUUUGACCACGACUGUACUUGAUGGUAUUAUUUUGGCCACCCUGAGCACCCACGUUAUACACCCCUGUCAUUAGAGCAAAGAGUGAAAAAGCAAUGCAUACCCAAAAACCCCAGGAUAACUUCUCAGAGUAAUAUUGUAGGGUGAAAGAUACUUGAGAAAAGUAUGGGAAAAGAAACUGAAAAGACGACGGAAUAACAACAUUAGAACUAAACAGUUCAAUCUCCCCCUCCCCCCACCCCUGUGAAUACCUCCCCAAAUGAGAUACAAGCCUGAAUAGAACAUGUUUUCUUCGCACAGUAUGGCUAUGAGUGGCUGUGUUAACCAAACCCAUAGUCACAUAGUGAAUGAAGCAAAAAAUUAUAAUAUCUAAAAAAAUUUGAAGCCCUCGGCACAUUUUACUGUUUACUGUUUACUGGGUCGAGACAAACGGACACGGUAAGCAAAUAACACAAAAUAUUUUUAGGUCAACGAGACUAUGUAAACAAAGUCAAUAGGUCAAUGAGACAGUAUGUAAACAAAGGAAUUACGUAAACCCUUAAUAAAACAAAAUAAAAGUGACUGAAGCUUAUAAGGCUGAUGAUCAAACCAUUCAAUCACAUCAAAUAAGCCUGAGUUGGUGUGCCUACUUCCGAACUAUACACAGUUAUACCACAGGUAGGUUACUUACUUACUAUCCAAAGUUAGCAAGCCACAGUUGCGGAUCUAUUAAUAAGUUCAAGACUUCUUGAUGUGGCAUUGAAUGUGAGCCAUAGCUGCCUCCGGAGAGUCAAAGGUGUAGUCUUUUCCAUCAUGAGAAAGCCACAGGCGGGCCGGGAAUCGCAGUCAGUGCUUGACACCUGGAUGGUCCCGUAGCAGUUGUUUAGCCUGCCCGAAAGCUGUGCGCUGCCUGGACACAGAGUUACAGAUACACAAAUAUCAUACCCCCAAGACAUGCUAACCACUCACCAUUACAAUAACGGGAGGUUAGCAUUUUUGCCAGGUACAGUGAGGGAAAAAAGUAUUUGAUCCCCUGCUGACUUUUGUACGUUUGCCCACUGACAAAGACAUGAUCAGUCUAUAAUUUUAAUGGUAUGUUUAUUUGAACAGUGAGAGACAGAAUAACAACAAAUAAAUCCAGAAAAAUGCAUGUCAAAAAUUUUAUAAAUUGAUUUGCAUUUUAAUGAGGGAAAUAAGUAUUUGACCCCUCUGCAAAACAUGACUUGGUGGCAAAGCCCUUGUUGGCAAUCACAGAGGUCAGACGAUUCUUGUAGUUGGCCACCAGGUUUGCACACAUCUCAGGAGGGAUUUUGUUCCACUCCUCUUUGCAGAUCUUCUCCAAGUCAUUAAGGUUUUGAGGCUGACGUUUGGCAACUCGAACCUUCAGCUCCCUCCACAGAUUUUCUAUGGGAUUAAGGUCUGGAGACUGGCUAGGCCACUCCAGGACCUUAAUGUGCUUCUUCUUGAGCCACUCCUUUGUUGCCUUGGCCAUGUGUUUUGGGUCAUUGCCAUGCUGGAAUACCCAUCCACGACCCAUUUUCAAUGCCCUGGCUGAGGGAAGGAGGUUCUCACCCAAGAUUUUACGGUACAUGGCCCCGUCCAUCGUCCCUCACGACGCCAGGACAGCGGAGUUACUCACCACCUUCCGGAGACAUUUGAAACCCCACCUCUUUAAGGAACACCUGGGAUAGGAUAAAGUAAUCCUUCUACCCCCCCCCCCCCCCCCCCAAAAAAAAAAAAAUAUUAUAAUUGUAAAGUGGUUAUCCCACUGGCUAUAGGGUGAAUGCACCAAUUAGUAGUCGCUCUGGAUAAGAGCGUCUGCUAAAUGACGUAAAUGUGCCCUUGAGCAAGGCACUUAACCCUAAUUGCACCUGUAAGUCGCUCUGGAUAAGAGCGUCUGCUAAAUGACUAAAAUGUAAUGUAAAAUGUAAUGCGGUGAAGUUGUCCUGGCCCCAUAGCAGAAAAACACCCUCAAAGCAUAAUGUUUCCACCUCCAUGUUUGACGGUGGGGAUGGUGUUCUUGGGGUCAUAGGCAACAUUCCUCCUCCUCCAAACACGGCGAGUUGAGUUGAUGCCAAAGAGCUCCAUUUUGGUCUCAUCUGACCACAACACUUUCACCCAGUUCUCCUCUGAAUCAUUCAGAUGUUCAUUGGCAAAUUUCAGGCGGCCCUGUAUAUGUGCUUUCUUGAGCAGGGGGACCUUGCGGGCGCUGCAGGAUUUCAGUCCUUCACGGCAUAGCGUGUUACCAAUUGUUUUCUUGGUGACUAUGGUCCCAGCUGCCUUGAGAUCAUUGACAAUAUCCUCCUGUGUAGUUCUGGGCUGAUUCCUCACCGUUCUCAUGAUCAUUGCAACUCCACGAGGUGAGAUCUUGCAUGGAGCCCCAGACCGAGGGAAAUUGACAGUUCUUUUGUGUUUCUUCCAUUUCCGAAUAAUCGCAUCAACUGUUGUCACCUUCUCACCAAGCUGCUUGGCGAUGGUCUUGUAGCCCAUUCCAGCCUUGUGUAGGUCUACAAUCUUGUCCUUGGAGAGCUCUUUGGUCUUGGCCAUGGUGGAGAGUUUGGAAUCUGAUUGAUUGCUACUGUGGACAGGUGUCUUUUAUACAGGUAACAAACUGAGAUUAGGAGCACUCCCUUUAAGAGUGUGCUCCUAAUCUCAGCUCGUUACCUGUAUAAAAGACACCUGGGAGCCAGAAAUCUUUCUGAUUGAGAGGGGGUCAAAUACUUAUUUCCCUCAUUUAAAAUGCAAAUCAAUUUAUAACAUUUUUGACAUUCGUUUUUCUAGAUUUUUGUUGUUGUUAUUCUGCCUCUCACUGUUCAAAUAAACCUACCAUUAAAAUUAUAGACUGAUAAUUUCUUUGUCAGUGGGCAAAUGUACAAAAUCAGCAGGGGAUCAAAUACUUUUUUCCCUCACUGUGUGUGUGUGUGUGUGUGUGUGUGUGUGUGUGUGUGUGUGUGUAUAUAUAUGUAUAUAUGUCAUUUAGCAGAAACUUUUAUCCAAAGCGAUUUAGUCAUGCAUGCAUACAUUGGGUGGCCCCAGCGGGAAUGGAACCCACAAUCCUUGAUGUUACUAGCACCAUGCUCUGACUGAGCCACACAGGACCACAUGCAUAAUAUACAUAACCCUAGUUUGAGUAUUUUAAUCCACUUAAAUCUUAAGAAAAAACAUAUUUAUGCUCAGAUUCAUUUAAUAUUCGGGAUAUCAACACAAUCCCUAUGUGUUUCAUGCAAACCGGGCUUAAUAGGACCAUACUGGGCUUAAUUGGAACAACAAUUAAUUAUAGUAAAAAGAUAGAAUUUUACUCUCAAAAUAUUUGGAAACCAAUGGUCUGGGGUAUAUUGAACAAUAUUUAUUUAUUACCAUUUACAGUGCCUUCGGAAAGUAUUCAGACCCCUUGAGUUUUUCCACAUUUUGUUAGGUUACAGCCUUAUUCAAAAGUGUGUUAAAUCGUUUUUUCCCCCCUCAUCAAUCUCCACACAAUACCCCAUAAUGACAAAGCAAAAACUGGUUUUUAUAUUUACAUAAUUAUUCAGACCCUUUACUCAGUACUUUGUUGAAGCACCUUUUGGCAGAGAAUACAGCCUUGAGUCUUCUUGGGUAUGACGUUACAAGCUUGGGGAGUUUCUCCCAUUCUUCUCUACAGAUCCUCACAAGCUCUGUCAGGUUGGAUGGGGAGCGUUGCUACACAGCUAUUUUCAGGUCUCUCCAGAGAUGUUCGAUCGGGCUCACGUCCGGGCUCUGGCUGGGCCACUCAAGGACAUUCAGAGACUUGUCCCGAAGCCACUCCUGCAUUGUCUUGGAUUUGUGCUUAGGGUCGUUGUCCUGUUGGAAGGUGAACCUUUGCCACAGUCUGAGGUCCUGAGCGCUCUGGAGCAGGUUUUUAUCAAGGAUCUCUCUGUACUUUGCUCCGUUCAUCUUUGCCUCGAUCCUGACUAGUCUCCCAGUCCCUGCCGCUGAAAAACAUCCCCACAGCAUGAUGCUGCCACCACCAUGCUUCACCGUAGGGAUUUUGCCAGGUUUCCUCCAGACGUGACACUUGGCAUUCAGGCCAAAUAGUUCAAUCUUGGUUUCAUCAGACAAGAUAAUCUUGUUUCUCCUGGUCUGAAAGUCUUAGGGUGUUUUUAGGUGUGUGCCUUUCCAAAUAAUGUCCAAUCAAUUGAAUUUACCACAGGUGCACUCCAAGUUGCAGAAACAUCUCAAGGAUGAUCAAUCAUUUUGAGUCAUUGCAAAGGGUUUGGGUACUUAUAUAAAUAAGGUAUUUCUGUUUUUUGUUUUUAAUAAAUAUGCACAACAUUUCUAGAAAUCUGUUUUCGAUUUGUCAUUAUGUGGUGUUGUGUGUAGAUUGCUGAGGAUAUUGUUUUAUUUCAUCCAUUAUAGAAUAAGGCUGUAACAUAAACAAAAUUUGGAAAAUGUCAAGGGGUCUGAAUUCUUUACGAAUGUGUAUAGAGGGGCUUUUUGUGCUACUGUAACCUUUAAGCCUACCUGAGAUAAAUGUCUCAAAUUUACAAAAAAGGCAUCUGUAUAACAAUACAAGGUUCAUUUAACAGUAAAAUAAGACAAAAUGCAAUAAAAAAAGUUAAUGCUUGAUAUCUAUUAUUGUUGUGGUUCAGCAAGUUGUGUUGCUACUGUACUGGCUGUCAUGUGGUACGACUGCUAGCAUGAAAAACCCAUAUUUUCAAUUGGCAAGAAAUUGUAAUUAAUACCAAUGUAGUAUUUUAUCAUGUGCACAUAUCCAUUCAUGACUAUCUUAAUUUUACGUGAAGUAUGAUUACUUAUCUGAGAAGGUACUAAAAAUAUCUGAGUCGCCUCCACACAAGUUUUUGCAGCUUUGCCAUUGGCCACUAGUAGGAACUUACACAACUGUCAAUAACUGAAUAAUACAAAAUCUGAUUGGCUUAGAAAACUGGUAUGGAUUCAACAACCACAUGCACUGGUUGAAACAUUAGAUAAAGGAAAAAAGAAACAUUUUCUGCUAAAUCCAUAGAUGGAAGUGGGCUUAAUUGGUAUGUGGGCUUAAUACCCUAACUGUUUAAGUCACCAUUGGCCUCAUGGUGAAAUCCCUGACUGGUUUCCUUCCUCUCCGGCAACUGAGUUAGGAUGGAUGCUUUAUCUUUGUAGUGGCUGGGUAAAUUGAUACACCAUCCAAAAUGUAUUUAAUAACUUCACCAUGCUGAAAGAUAUUCAAUGUCUGCUUUUUUUAAAUAUUUUUUAUUACCCGUCUACCAAUGGGUGGCCUUUUUUGCGAGGCAUUGGAAAAAACCCUGGUCUUUGAUUGAAUCUGUUUGAAAUUCACUGCUCGACUGAGGGACCUUACAGAUAAUUGUAUGUGUGGGGUACAGAGAUGAGGUAGUCAUUCAAAAAUCAUGUUAAAUAAACAUUUAUUGCACACAAUGAGUAUUAUUCCACUUACACUGAACAAAAAUAUAAAUGCAACAUGCACCAAUUUCUAAGAUUUUACUGAGUUACAAUUCAUAUAAGGAAAUCAGUCAAUUGAAAUAAUUAAAUUAGGCCCUAAUCUAUGGAUUUCGCAUGAAUGGGAAUACAGAUAUGCAUCUGUUACUUUCAAUUUAGAAUGGCCCAUUUAUCAAAUUGGCAGGAACAGGGGCAAGGGAAAAAAUACAUGUAAUCCAUAUGCACUCAAAUGAAUAGCCAAUGGAGGCCGCUUUCCCAAAGUUUAGUUUCUCAAUCAUGCAACUCCGGUUAUUUAACUCCAUGCAUCAAUUACUGUUUGAAGAACAUGCACCCUCUCACUGCGUGAUGGGUGAUAUUCCGCCCAAACGUUGUAUGCCUGGGCUCGCCAACACUGUUCCUGCAGCUACCCAGUGCUUUAAAACCAAGUGAAAUGUGUUCGGGAACAUUGAUAGUAACAUGUUUUCACAAUUAAACAUAUUUAAACUGUUGACAGCCCCUCUCUCUGUGCGUUUGAGAAAGGAAUGAAGGGGAGAGGGGAGGAGAUGUCAGCCUAUUAAUUAUGAAAAUAUAAAAAAUGCCCUAAUACUAGGCUAUUCAAAUACAAAUUCACUAUAAUUGUAGGCUAACUGUAAGCCACCCUGCACAAUCAAUGAAGCAACAGCAUCACUUUGGCCUAUAUAUUAUCUUCAAGACUCAUGGAUAGAAAGUUUGGAGCGUAGUACAUCCAUGCAUAAUAGUACAGUCCACACUCAAAGGCGAUUUACUAGAAUUUGUUUAAUUCUGGAGUAUAGGCUAGACCAAUUAUGUACCAAAGACAUCGUAAAUCAGUUAGUUAAUUUUUUUUAUUUUUUGCAGUGCGUAAUAUGCGGUAGGCAAUGUAUAACAGCACAAUCAUUAUUUUAAUUCAGGGUAUUUUUUCGGGCUUGGGCUCAUAUAUUGUAUGCAUAAGCUCUAAUGUGUAUGGGUGUUUAGAAUUAAUAAUCACCUUAGAAAGCGCUGUCCAUUUCGAUGUUAGGCUUUGAAACAAUAUCCACAAUGACCUUGCUUUCCACUGUUUCAACCUGUUGAAUUUCUUUCUUCAAAUUGAUCAAUCACAUGAAGGUGAAUUUUAAAAGCAAGAUACUACUUUGAUAAGUGUUUGUGAUUUUCGAUGGCAUUUAUAUUGACGUUAGAGGGACAAUAGAUCCCUGAGUACCAGGCCGUUAGCGAGUUGGGUACAACCAAGCAUGUCCAGAGUCCAUAAGAGGAGAUUACUGUGACCAUGACUCAUGACUACUGGUUUGGCGGUAAUACGGUCACCGCAAGAGACCAAAGGUGAAAAACGCUGCUCUAUUCCACCCACAUUAUAAAAUACCUGUUUAGAAAGUCUUGUAAAUACAUUGUUUGUGUACUUCUCGCCUGUAGGUAAAGAAGGCUUUCUUUGCCUUGGUUGCCAACGGGGUGCGGGCAGCCCCACUAUGGGAGACAAAGAAGCAGAGCUUUGUCGGUAAGUGGAACAUUUAUUUUCUUUCCAUCUCUCUGCUCUAACAUUCUUCUCUCUCCAUCCAUCCACUCCUCCACAUCCUUAACCUUCUUUAAUCAAUGCAUUGCUUCCUUUCUCUCCAUCCUUUCUGUCGGCUCUUCCCUCCAUUUUGACUCCUCAUCCUCUCGUUCCCUCACUUCCCCUUGAAACCGGAGGGCUCCUCGUCUCUCCUCGUAUCUGGGCCAGCAUAAUGGAGACAGAUAUAAAUACUGUUCUCGCCUCUCUCGCCAGCUCUGAGAACAGGAAUACAGACGCAAUAGUGUAUUUUUACUGUAUUGCUCUAUACACAGUGCAUUCGGAAAGUAUUCAGAGCCCUUCACUUUUUUCACAUUACGGUACAGCCUUAUUCUAAAUGCAUUAAAUCAUUUCCCCCUCAUCAAUCUACACACAAUAUCCCAUAAUGACAAAGCGAAAACAGGUUUUUAUAAAUUUUUGCGAAUUUAUAAUAAAUAAAAAACAAACUUUAUUUAGAUAAGUAUUCAGACCCUUUUGCUACGAGACUCGAAAUUGAACUACGGUGCAUCCUGUUUCCAUUGAUCAUCCUUGAUGUUUCUACAACUUGAUUGGAGUUCACCUGUGGUAAAUUCAAUUGAUUGGACAUGAUUUGGAAAGGCACACAUCUGUCUAUUUAAGGUCCCACAAGGUCUUGAGGCUGUAAUGCUGCCAAAGGUGCUUCAACAAGGUACUGAAUAUUAUGUACAUUUAAUAUUUCCGUUUUUUUAUUGUAUUAAUUUGCAAACAUUUCUAAAAACCUGUUUUUGCUUUGUCAUUAUGGGGUAUUGUGUGUAGAUUGAGGGGGGGGGAAAAAAGAUUUAAUCGAUUUUAGAAUAAGGCUGUAACGUAACAAAGUGGGAAAAGUCAAUGGGCCUGAAUACUUUCUGAAUGCAUUGUAUGUUUUUCAACAAUUAAAUCAAGGAUACGUUGAACAAUAUAGCUAUGGUUAGGUGACACCAGUCUUGUGUAGCUGUCCCAGCUGCAUCACUAGGAUGUGAGUGUAGAACCUGACGCUGCAACCUCCCACGCAUCAAGAAUCAAGCCCACUUGUCUGAGAGCGCGAGACGCACAAAUGGGCUUUACUAAGAAUCAAGCCCUCUGUUCCGCUCCACUGUUCCGUCUCAUCCCUAGGAGAUACUGAUGUCAAUGAGGAGUGUGUGUGUGAAAUAGUGUCACAGAAAUAGGUCCAUCUCUUUUUCUCCUUGGUCACUCGUUUCUCCCAAGUGUCUCUUCUGUUCUACCUCCCUCUCCGCUGCUCCUCUCUUCUUCUUUGCAAUACUUUCCUCUGUCUCCCUCUGUCCGUACUAGUGAGUGUAUGUGCUAGGACAAAUCCAACACCUGUGAUGUGAACGAUCACUGAACAAGGCUUUUUCUUUCCUUCCUUACCCUCCUCCCCCCCUCGCUCACUCCAUACGGAAAAACAGAAAGCAAAGGAGGUGCGAAGCAAAAGAAGGCAUGGUUCCCUCCGACCCCGCCCCCUCACCUUCGAUCCCUCAUCUCUCCAACAAUCCCUCCACCCACCUCCCCCUCAUCCCCUCCUCUCUCCCCUCCUCCGCCGCCCCACCCUCGCCCACCCCCACCACCCAAUUCUCCCCCCAAAAACCCCCCUCCCAUCCACCCCCGUAUUCAUUCUUCUCCUCUCCCUUCCCUCUCUCUCAUCAUCCCAUGCUCUCCUCCCCCAGCCCUGCCCGCCUCCUUCCCCUCACCCCUCCUCCUUCCCUCCAUCGCCUCUCGCUCCUCCAUCCCCCGCUCUCCCCAUCCCUCCCCCCCUCUCUCUAUUCCCUCUGCUCCUCCCUCAUCCCUCUUCAUCCCUCCUCUCCAUCCCCUGCUCUAUCCCUCCAUCUCUUAUGCUUUCUUCUCAUCUCAUCCUCUCUCUCCCUCAUCCCUCUCUCCUCUCUCCCUCAUCCCUCUCUCGCGCCCUCCAUCCCUUGCUCGCUCUCUCGCGCCCCUCCAUCCCUCUCUCUCCCUCCAUCCCUCUCUCUCCCUCCAUCCUCUCUCCCUCAACACUCUCUCCCUCUUUCGCGCCCUCCAUCCCUCGCUCGCGCCCUCCAUCCCUCUCUCCCUCCAUCCCUCUCUCUCCCUCCAUCCCUCUCUCUCCCUCCAUCCCUCUCUCUCCCUCCAUCCCUCUCUCCCUCCAUCCUCUCUCCCUCAACACUCUCUCCCUCUUUCGCGCCCUCCAUCCCUCGCUCGCGCCCUCCAUCCCUCUCUCCCUCAUCCCUCUCUCUCCCUCAUGCCUCUUUCGCGCCCUCCAUCCCUCGCUCGCUGUCUCGCGCCCUCCAUCCCUCUUUUGCGCCCUCCAUCCCUCUUUCGCGGCCUCCAUCCCUCUCUCGCGCCCUCCCUCAUCCCUCUUUUGUGCCCUCCAUCCCUCGCUCCCUCUCUCUCACCCUCCAUCCCUCUCUCCCUCUCUCUCACCCUCCAUCCCUCUCUCACCCUCCAUCCCUCGCUCGCACUCUCACCCUCCAUCCCUUGCUCGCUCUCUCUCUCAUCCCUUGCUCUCUCUCGCUCUCCCUCAUCCCUCGCUCUCGCUCUCUCUUUUUCCAGGAAUGUUAACCAUCACAGACUUCAUCAACAUCCUCCACAGAUACUACAAGUCUCCCAUGGUACGUGACCUCUCAUCAAACAGAUCCAAAUGGGUCCUGUGUUGUGUUCACUGGGGCUUGCAAUGGCAAGAAUGGGAAAAGAUGUGUAGCAAUGGAAAACCAAAAUUAGUCUUUCUCAUUGAAGAAGUCCAGGUUGUUCCUCCCUGAUUCAGUCCAUACUACAGAACACGACCCUGGUUUGAAAUGGUUUGGCUGUAUGGCUUCGGCUUCCUAUUGUCACCAAGGCCAGCGACGUGGACUGACUGUGAACUGCAGCGAUAUAGUAGGAGGCUGGGAGCUUAUCCAGCCUCCAUCUCAGGCACUGUAUGUUCUGUGUCAUGGAGCUUUAAAGGCAGAGUGGAGAGAGACAUCAUCAUUAAUCAUCAGGUCAUGAGUAGGGCUGUUACGGUGACCGUAUUACUGCCACAACGGCGGUCACGAGUCAUGGCGGCUGUCAAAUAGCACGUGACCCGUUAGUCACGGUAAUUAGGCUUCUGAUGCUGCUGAUGGUCAUUAGUAGCCUACCAAACUUGCUAACUGCCUGGUACUCAGCACUCUAUUGUCCCUCUAAUCACUAUGACAUCAAUGCAAAUGUAAUCAAAAAUCGAAUCAAACACUUUAGAUCCCAUGAGCUCAUGUUGCGCAACAUUUGUAAAGGCUAUGAAAUUGCGUGGAGAACAGAGUGAUGGCCUCUAUUAAAAAGAGGAGGAUCCCAUCAGCUUUCUAAAGGCUAGGCCUACUAUAUUUAUUUCUCAACUUUCCUAAUAUUAAGCACAUUGCUUAUCUUUACAACAGGAGUAUAGCCUACCUGGCUGGCAUGAAAAUGAACCACAGGAAAAGCGUCCUCCAUUCGCUAUUUAAGUGCAUAGGUGACUUGUAUUUUUUUUCUGCUGCCCCUGUUUCGAGACAGGUGCAUGAUAAUGGUCCAUUCUAAAUCAAAACAAAUUUCACACAUAUAUUAUUUAGUAUAUGUAAAGACAAGAUUAAAUCAAGAAUAGUGUGAUGGGUGACAAUAUUAGCCUAUCACUUGUGAAUGAUAUAUUAUCACUUGUGAAUGAUGCCCAGCUUGUGUGUAAUAAGGCAAGAAACAGCACAUGCUCUUUUUUGGGCGACUUUUUCAAAUUAAUCUGCUUUAUAACGGGUGUAGUGCCUAACUGGCAUACAUACGCAGCGCGUGAGUUUCAAGUUUGGGGAAGAUAAUUUUCACCAUCAAAAUGCACCUUUUAUAAUAAAAGCAGUACAUGCAUAAUCAAAUUUGUGGACACUUUUGAGAAUGGUGUUUUUUCCUGAGAAUGGAACAUUCGCACUUAUAGCGUACUGCCGUGUGCGCAUUUCUGCUAAACGUUCUCAUCUGUUGUGUCAGGCUCAUUGCUUAAAACAGGUUUUUUGAUGCUAGUGGUUGAAUUAAUUUGGGCUCUAUCGCAUCCCACAACUGUCCCAGAAAAUGUUUGGAAUAUUUUUUUCUCGCACAGAAUAGAAUAGGUCAACUUUUGUACUAUGGGGGAUAGUAGAUUGACAUAGGCUGGUGAUUUUGCUGUUCGUUAGGCCUACUCAUCUUGUUGGCUGACGAAAAGUAGAUGUGGGACAGUUCUUCCAAUAUCUUCAACAUGCACCUCGGAAUUGGAUAAGGACGCACGCAGUUGCAUCCCCGAUGUGUCCGUCUUCACUUGUAGCCUGUGAUGGAGAGCUUUGGCACACAGCCGGGAGAAGGGAAUUAUGAUUAUUAUAUUCAGCCCAAGGGUACAAUGGCCACUGGCCGCAAAAGGCAUGGCAUUUCUUUUAGAGGGCGUUACGGCCACACAAAGGGGAUGCUGCCGGGAAAUUCGAGGCAUUAUCAAGUACUUGUCAAAUUGUGAAUGAGAGACUGAUGAAGUGUGUACAGCCUGCGCAAAAAACAAAGCAGAGCUCAUGCCUUUCAUGCAACUUUUUUCAAAUUAUCAUUAGUCGCAUCAUGCAGCCUUACAAUGUAUUAAAAAUCAAAACAUAUAGCCCAACAUUUGUAUCACAACUAAAGUUACAUAGGAGUACCUGUUUCUUUGUUAACUGCUCAACACAGAGUAGCCGCAUGUGUGCACUGAAAUCGUUUGGAGAAAAUAUCCUUUCUAUUUUAUUCAGCUAUGUUCAAUUGUAUUCUUCAUACUAUAAAAUAAUAUAAAAUAAUGCCAUGGAAUUCUAAGCAAAUCUUGUCUGCUAAAUGAACUAGUGUAGCCCACAGCCAUAUGGCAGAUCAGGGCCUAACAUAAGGACAACUCAGAGUAUGCUAUUCUGUUCUUCUGAAAUGGAUAACAUUUUCUUCAUAUCAUAUUUCUUUAGACCUGUCUAAAAUAAAUAAUGGAUUUAUUGUGAUGGUGUAGGCUAUAUUACAUGGAUUUAUUAGACUUUUUAAAAUCUAGAUGUUCCAAAGGUCUGCAUCAGUGGCUUGUAGGCUUUGCGUGGAAGCCAGGAGACGCUAAAUGUGUUUAUGUUAAUUACCGGUCAAUUAUCGUGAGACCGGCAGAUGUUUGCUUGAAAAUCACCGGCUGACACAAUUUCAUGACCGCCACAGCUCUAGUCAUGAGAAGAUGGUGGUGCUGCAGCACUGUCUCUCUGUUCUGACCCAGGGCUUACACACACACACACACACACACACACACACAGUCUUGCCUUGCUCUGUACACAUCUCACAUAGACUCAUCCACACUCCAUCUCUCAUACAAACACACACAGUGAUUAUAGUCAAGUAUAAACCGGGUAGUUUGGGUCCUGGAUGCUGAUUGGCUGAAAGCCGUGCUAUAUCAGACAAUAUACCAUGGGUAUAAUGUAAAAAUACUUGUUUACUGUUUUAUUUAUGUUGGUAACCAGUUUAUAAUAGAAUUAAGGCACCUCGGGGGUUUGUGGUAUAUUGGCCAAAAACCACACCCCCUCGGGCCUUAUUGCUAAGUAUAGCGCACACACUGAACUCACUCACACUCACCACAGCAGAUGUGCCAGCAGCAGACUACAGUAGGCUGGAGUGUGUAUGUAUAUACAGUGAGGGAAAAAAGUAUUUGAUCCCCUGCUGAUUUUGUACGUUUGCCCACUGACAAAGAAAUGAUCAGUCUAUAAUUUUAAUGGUAGGUUUAUUUGAACAGUGAGAGACAGAAUAACAACAAAACAAUCCAGAAAAACGCAUGUCAAAAAUGUUAUAAAUUGAUUUGCAUUUUAAUGAGGGAAAUAAGUAUUUGACCCCCUCUCAAUCAGAAAGAUUCCUGGCUCCCAGGUGUCUUUUAUACAGGUAACGAGCUAAGAUUAGGAGCACACUCUUAAAGGGAGUGCUUCUAAUCUCAGCUUGUUUCCUGUAUAAAAGACCUGUCCACAGAAGCAAUCAAUCAGUCAGAUUCCAAACUCCACCAUGGCCAAGACCAAAGAGCUCUCCGAGGAUGUCAGGGACAAGAUUGUAGACCUACACAAGUCUGGAAUGGGCUACAAGACCAUCGCCAAGCAGCUUGGUGAGAAGGUGACAACAGUUGGUGCAAUUAUUCGCAAAUGGAAGAAACACAAAAGAACAGUCAAUCUCCCUCGGCCUGGGGCUCCAUGCAAGAUCUCACCUCGUGGAGUUGCAAUGAUCAUGAGAACGGUGAGGAAUCAGCCCAGAACUACACGGGAGGAUCUUGUCAAUGAUCUCAAUGCAGCUGGGACCAUAGUCACCAAGAAAACAAUUGGUAACACACUACGCCGUGAAGGACUGAAAUCCUGCAGCGCCCGCAAGGUCUCCCUGCUCAAGUAAGCACAUAUACAGGCCCGUCUGAAGUUUGCCAAUGAACAUCUGAAUGAUUCAGAGGAGAACUGGGGGGCCAGUAUGAAAAAAUAAUAAUAAUGUAUGCACUAACUGUAAGUCGCUCUGGAUAAGAGCGUCUGCUAAAUGACUAAAAUGUAAAAUGUAAAUGUAAACUGGGUGAAAGUGUUGUGGUCAGAUGAGACCAAAAUCGAGCUCUUUGGCAUCAACUUAACUCGCCGUGUUUGGAGGAGGAGGAAUGGUGCCUAUGACCCCAAGAACACCAUCCCCACUGUCAAACAUGGAGGUGGAAACAUUAUGCUUUGGGGGUGUUUUUCUGCUAAGGGGCGAGGACAACUUCACCGCAUCAAAGGGACGAUGGACGGGGCCAUGUACCGUCAAAUCUUGGGUGAGAACCUCCUUCCCUCAGCCAGGGCAUUGAAAAUGGGUGGUGGAUGGGUAUGCCAGCAUGACAAUGACCCAAAACACACGGCCAAGGCAACAAAGGAGUGGCUCAAGAAGAAGCACAUUAAGGUCUUGGAGUGGCCUAGCCAGUCUCCAGAUCUUAAUCCCAUAGAAAAUCUGUGGAGGGAGCUGAAGGUUCGAGUUGCCAAACGUCAGCCUCGAAACCUUAAUGACUUGGAGAAGAUCAGCAAAGAGGCGUGGGACAAAAUCCCUCCUGAGAUGUGUGCAAACCUGGCGGCCAACUACAAGAAACGUCUGACCUCUGUGAUUGCCAACAAGGGUUUUGCCACCAAGUACAAAGUCAUGUUUUGCAGAGGGGUCAAAUACUUAUUUCCCACAUUAAAAUGCAAAUAAAUUUAUAACAUUUUUGACAUGCGUUUUUCUGGAAUAUUUUUUUUGUUAUUCUGUCUCUGACUGUUCAAAUAAACCUACCAUUAAAAUUAUAGACUGAUCAUGUCUUUGUCAGUGGGCAAACGUACAAAAUCAGCAGGGGAUCAAAUACUUUUUUCCCUCACUGUAUGUGUGUAUGUGUCUGCGCUGCUCUGUUCUGUGAUGAGAGCCAAUUCCAUGUAGGCUGUUUUCUAGGGGUCCUCCCCAAUACAGCUCAGCUUAACCCUAUAACGACAGAGUGCAGUAUUAUCAUAUUUGUUAUUUUGCCAGGUUGGUCUCAUUGAGAAGUAAAAAUGUAUUUUGCAAGAUAUGCCUGGUCAAAAUAGCAUUUUACAAUACAUUUGACAAAAACAAUUUUUAAAGGAAAAAUAAAAUCUCUCAAUCAUCUCAUUUGACUCAGUGGAAGUGUUGUCAGUGGUUCCAUUGUUACCUGAGUAGUCCCACCUACAUGUUACGCCCAUCACAGAGAGCCAAACUAGUGAGGCUAGCCCUCUUGGGAUUUCCACUGGCCCAAAUACACAUUGGUAUUUAUUAGGCCAGGAGACGGUGACAUAGUUUGUUGUUAUCCUAAUGCCUAUUGUUAGAGUUAAUCCAUCGUCAAGAGAACAACCAGUGCAGUGAAAGCGUUCGUUAAUUCUUCCAUAUCAGAUUCAUGUAUAUUCAUGCAGAACUGGAGUCAGUACCUCUGUAAUUGGCUGAGACAGAGAGUUAACUCAGAGAUAUAGUUGCUAAAUUCUGGUAACUUUCCCCAAAUUUCCAGGUUUUUCAGGAAUCCCGGUUGGAAGAUUCAAUAUGCAACAAAUCCGGAGUCCUUCAACCGGGAUUUCUGGAAAACUUUCACAUUUUGGAACGAUACCUGAAUUUUCCCACCUUACUAUGAUGAGUGGGAUAGCCAAAAACCUUGAAUUUGUCCAACACACACACCACGUUCACUCACUCCUGGAUCUGUAAUUUAAUGAUUGAUUUAGCUGUUGUUUACAGGAGACUGGAAAAGGCCUCAGGCGGUACGCCAUUGCUAAAUGCAUAUAGGGGAAACACUGCAACCACUCUACAGAAGAAGAAAAAAGGUCCUUCAACACACAUUUCCUAGCAAAUGGCACGUCCCCAGCUGUUCAUAAUCGUCUAAUGUGCUCAAUGUAGCCAUGGGUGCUGUAGAAAAUGCCUUUUUGUUUCUGUAAUGAAAUCAUUGAGGACCUGCUACUCUGUCCUCUCCUCGUGCUGUGGUUGUUAUUUAUUAACAGCAGUUCUCAUAACUGUCUUGCUUUACGUCAGAGAGGGCUGAGGUGGACCUGAUUUGAGGCCCUCUUGGGAACUGGUUUGAUUUUUCAUGACGCCAGCACUUACUUACAUGUAGCUUAUGUGUUUUUCUUCUUCUCCAGAGGGAAUUGCUGUGAUUUUAUAUAUUUUUCUGUUUAUCAAGUUACUAAUUCUAUCAAACUCUUCUUUUUACAAAAUAAAACGUUGCAAAUGUAAUAAUAUCUGCCACGUUCAAAUCAUGGAAUGAAUGUUAAAUAUCACUAAUAGUUGAAUGUUCUGUCUAUUUUAGGUACAAAUAUAUGAGCUGGAGGAACAUAAGAUUGAAACGUGGAGAGGUAUGGGAACUUUCCAACUAUUUUACAGCAACCUUCCCAUUUCAAAACCAAAAUGUUUAUCAGUUGUUCAACAAAUAAUAAAUACAUGUAUUUUGUAGUUUGUUGAUGUGGUGUUUAAUUUUAUUUCUGUCACGUAGAGCUCUACCUACAAGAAACGUUUAAGCCGUUAGUGAACAUAUCACCUGAUGCAAGGUAAUCCUGUUAUACAUGACACCUGCAUUUCCUAUUUGUCUUUAUUUUAUGUAGUUUAAAUAAGUUAUGAUGGGGGAAAAUGAACCAGCAGAUCCAUGAAUAGGAUAGUAAUGAUCCAUUCAUGAUUGACUUACAGUAUGUGACCCAUUCAGAGCUCUUUGCUCAUUAUUACAUAGAGGAUCUUCCAUUGGGUUUAAUCAGUCUGUUUAUACAAACAAUACAUAAUCAUCUCAUAGUUGAUUGAGAAAUCUAAUUUGCCCUACACUCUUUUUUCCCCCACAUAAUAUAAAUAAAAUUCUAUGGUCAUAAGCACGGUAAAAUAUAUAUAUAUUUAUUUAUUUAUUUUGCCUUUAUUUAACUAGGCAAGUCAGUUAAGAACAAAUUCUUAUUUACAAUGACAGCCUACACCGGCCAAACCCGGACGACGCUGGGCCAAUUGUUGAUUAAUAAUGGCGCCGGAGAAGAAGGCUGCCGUUUUACAGCCCUCGAACCAAUUGUACUAUUAUGUGUGUUUUUCUGCGUUAUUUGUAAUUUAUUUUGUACAUAAUGUUUCUGCCAUCGUCUCUUAUAACCAAAAAGAGCUUCUGGAUAUCAGGACAGCGAUUACUCACCUUGUAUUGGAUGAAGAUUUUUUAUUCAACGACGCGGCCGCGAAGGACAUCCUACAGACACCCGACAAGGCCCAAAUCCCCGUCAUUUGCAUGAGGAAGAGACGGAGAUAUCGUGGACGUAGGUCGGGGUGCCUUGAAAGGAUCCGACGGCGAGCGAGUAAACUGCUGCUCCCAUCAAUCCUAUUAGCCAAUCUUCAAUCAUUUGAGAAUAAAUUGGUAACUUAAGAUUACGGUUAUCCUACCAACGGGACAUUAAAAACUGUAAUAUCUUAUGUUUCACCGAGUCGUGGCUGAACGACGACAUGGACAACAUACAACUAGCGGGCUUUACGCUACAUCGGCAGGAUAGAACGGCUGACUCCGGUAAGACAAGGGGUGGCGGUCUGUGUAAAUUUAUAAACAACAGCUGGUGCACAAAAUCAAAUACUAAGGAAGUCUCGAGGUUUUGCUCGCCUGAGGUAGAGUAUCUUAUGAUAAGCUGUAGACCACACUAUUUACUAAGAGAGUUUUCAUCUUAUGCCCUCCGUCGAACCAUCAAACAGGCAAAGAGUCAAUACAGGACUAAGAUUGAAUCGUACUACACCGGCUCUGACAGGGCUUGAAAACUAUUACAGACUACAAAGGGAAGCACAGCCGCGAGCUGCCCAGUGACAAAAGACUUCCAGACGAGCUAAACCACUUCUAUGCUCGCUUCGAGGCAAGCAACACUGAAGCAUGCAUGAGAGCACCAGCUGUUCCGGAUGAUUAUGUGAUCACGCUCUCCGUAGCCGAUGUGAGUAAGACUUUUAUGCAGGUCAACAUUCACAAGGGCGCAGGGCCAGAAGGAUUACCAGGACGUGUACUCCAAGCAUGUGCUGACCAACUGGCAAGUGUCUUCACUGACAUUUUCAAAAUGUUCUGACUGAGUCUGUAAUACCAACAUGUUUCAAACAGACCACCAUAGUCACUGUGCCCAAGGACACUAAGAACCUGCCUAAAUGACUACCGACCCGUAGCACUGACGUCUGUAGCCAUGAAGUGCUUUGAAAGGCUGGUCAUGGCUCACAUCAACACCAUUAUCCCAGAAACCCUAGACCCACUCCAAUUUGCAUACCGCCCCAACAGAUCCACAGAUGAUGCAAUCUCUAUUGCACUCCACACUGCCCUUUCCCACCUGGACAAGAGGAACACCUACGUGAGAAUGCUAUUCAUUGACUACAGCUUAGCAUUCAACACCAUAGUGCCCUCAAAGCUCAUCACUAAGCUAAGGAUCCUGGGACUAAACACCUCCCUCUGCAACUGGAUCCUGGACUUCCUGACGGGCCGCCCCUAGGCGGUAAGGGUAGGUAACAACACAUCUGCCACGCUGAUCCUCAACACGGGGGCCCCUCAGGGGUGCGUGCUCAGUCCCCUCCUGUACUCCCUGUUCACCCAUGACUGCAUGGCCAGGCACGACUCCAACACCAUCAUUAAGUUUGCCGACGACACAACAGUGGUAGGCCUGAUCACCGACAACGAUGAGACAGCCUAUAGGGAGGAGGUCAGAGACCUGGCCAUGUGGUGCCAGGAUAACAACCUCUCCCUCAACGUGACCAAGACAAAGGAGAUGAUUGUGGACUACAGGAAAAAGAGGACCGAGCACGCCCCCAUUCUCAUUGACGGGGCUGUAGUGGAACAGGUUGAGAGUUUAAAGUUCCUUGGUGUCCACAUCACCAACGAACUAUCAUGGUCCAAACACACCAAGACAGUCGUGAAGAGGGCACGACAAAGCCUAUUCCCCCUCAGGAGACUGAAAAGAUUUGGCAUGGGUCCUCAGAUCCUCAAAAAAUUAUACAGCUGCACCAUAGAGAGCAUCCUGACUGGUUGCAUCACCGCCUGGUAAGGCAACUGCUUGGCCUUUGACCGUAAGGCACUACAGAGGGUAGUGCGUACGGCCCAGUACAUCACUGGGGCCAAGCUUCCUGCCAUCCAGGACCUCUAUACCAGGCGGUGUCAGAAGAAGGCCCUCAAAAUUGUCAAAGACUCCAGCCACCCUAGUCAUAGACUGUUCUCUCUGCUACCGCACGGCAAGCGGUACCGGAGUGCCAAGUCUAGGUCCAAAAGACUUCUCAACAGCUUCUACCCCCAAACCAUAAGACUCCUAAACAGCUAAUCAUGGCUACCCGGACUAUUUGCACUGCCCCCACCCCAUCUUUUUACGCUGCUGCUACUCUGUUAAUUAUUUAUGCAUAGUCAUUUUAACUCUACCCACAUGUACAUAUUACUUCAACUACCUCAACUAGCCGGUGCCCCCGCACAUUGACUCUGCACCGGUACCCCCCUGUAUAUAUAGCCUCCCUACUGUUAUUUUAUUUUACUUCUGCUCUUUUUUUUCUCAACACUUUUUUUGUUUUAUUCUACUUUUUUUAUUAAAAAUAAAUGCACUGUUGGUUAAGGGCUGUAAGUAAGCAUUUCACUGUAAUGUCUGCACCUGUUGUAUUCGGCGCAUGUGGCCAAUAAAAUUUGAUUUGAUUUGUGCGCCGCCCUAUGGGACUCCCAAUCACGGCUGGUUGUGAUACAGCCUGGAAUGGAACCAGGGGGUCUGUAGUGACGCCUCAAACACUGAGAUGCAGUGCCUUAGACCGCUGCGCCACUCGGGAACCCACUUCCUCACUCCGCUUGAAUUUAUAGGUUAUAGGUAGAGUCAUUUACUGUCAAUACACUCUCCCAUAGGUUAUAGGUAGAGUCAUUUACUGUCAAUACACUCUCCUAUAGGUUAUAGGUAGUCAUUUACUGUCAAUACACUCUCCCAUAGGAUAUAGGUAGUAAUUUACUGUCAAUACACUCUCCCAUAGGUUAUAGGUAGAGUAAUUUACUGUCAAUACACUCUCCCUAUAGGUUAUAGGUAGAGUCAUUUACUGUCAAUACACUCUCCCAUAGGAUAUAGGUAGAGUCAUUUACUGUAAAACACUCUCCCAUAGGUUAUAGGUAGAGUAAUUUACUGUCAAUACACUCUCCCCCUAGGUUUAUAGGGAGUCAUUUACCUGUCAAUACACUCUACCCAUAGGUUAGGGUAGUCAUUUACUGUCAAUACACUUCCCUAUAGGUUAUACGGUAGAGUCAUUUACUGUCAUACACUCUCCCAUAGGGUAUGGUAGUCAGGUCACAUACACUCAAUAGGUUAUAGGUUCAUUUUACUGUCAAUACACUCUCCCAGGUAGAGUUUUAUAUUUGCCAUCCAUUCCCUACAUUUCCCCUGGGGGAAGGUCUGGUACUUUACCCUCGUAUUUCUGCACCUUUCCCCAUGCUCUCCGAUUGGGGGCAUAGUUUAUUUUCCUCACUCUGAAUAAAUGAAAGUCCAUCUCGUGAAAAGACUUAAAAUACUACUCAACUACUGCAUCAUCCCAGGUUAACCAACUCAAGCCUCUGGUUUGGUUAUGGGCAUUUUCUGUCUCCUUUUGGUUGAACACCAGCGUCAUUUAAUUGCUUAAUGACUGAUUCAGCUCUCUUAAUGGCCAGGUCUUAUGACUGAUUCAGCUCUCUUAAUGGCCAGGUCUUAUGACUGAUUCAGCUGUCUUCAUGGCCAGGUCUUAAUGACUGAUUCAGCUCUCUUCAUGGCCAGGUAUUCUGAUGUACUCUAGGGUAUUUGCUUUAAGGCUUGCGAAAGGAGAGAGCGAGAGAGAGGGUGAGAGAUGGAGAGAGAAAGAAAUUGCAGAUGCUCUUAGCCAUCCUUGAUAGCCCCUUGUUUCUGAUGACUUCCUGUAUGGUUCCUGGUUUAACACGCAUGGAUGCUUUGUUUGCGCACAUCAUCUGGUCAAUUUGCUUCAGCCCUUUGCUGAAUCAAGAUUAAGAUAACUUUAUUGGUCAUUUGCAUAUAAUGUCCAACUGAAAUUUGACUUCUGCUUUUAACCCAACCCCUCACAAAGAAACACAUACAAGUUUUGGAGAGGUGCCGGGGGGCUGCCACAAUGGGCGAUCAAGGCAUUUAGGAUUUGAUACCAGUAACCCUCCAGUUGCCAGCUCACUUCCUGCCAGAUUUUUCCCAUCAGACGCGGGAUUCUAACUGCCAACUCUCCGGUUGCUGGCUCAUCUCUCUAACCACUAGGCUACCUACCGCCUCAAUCAGGUCCACUUAACGUUUUAUGCUGCCUCUGUUAGGUACUGUAGCAUUUCACUCCUACAGUGAGGGAAACAUUUAUUUGAUCCCCUGCUGAUUUUGUACGUUUGCCCACUGACAAAGAAAUCAUCAGUCUAUAAUUUUAAUGGUAGGUUUAUUUGAACAGUGAGAGACAGAAUAACAACAAAAGAAUCCAGAAAAAUGCAUGUAAAGAAUGUUAGAAAUUGAUUUGCAUUUUAAUGAGGGAAAUAAGUAUUUGACCCCCUCUCAAUCAGAAAGAUUUCUGGCUCCCAGGUGUCUUUUAUACAGGUAACGAGCUGAGAUUAGGAGCACACUCUUAAAGGGAGUGCUCCUAAUCUCAGCUUGUUACCUGUAUAAAAGACACCUGUCCACAGAAGCAAUCAAUCAAUCAGAUUCCAAACUCUCCACCAUGGCCAAGACCAAAGAGCUCUCCAAGGACAAGAUUGUAGACCUACACAAGGCUGGAAUGGGCUACAAGACCAUCGCCAAGCAGCUUGGUGAGAAGGUGACAACAGUUGGUGCUAUUAUUCGCAAAUGGAAGAAACACAAAAGAACAGUCAAUCUCCCUCGGCCUGGGGCUCCAUGCAAGAUCUCACCUCGUGGAGUUGCAAUGAUCAUGAGAACGGUGAGGAAUCAGCCCAGAACUACACGGGAGGAUCUUGUCAAUGAUCUCAAGGCAGCUGGGACCAUAGUCACCAAGAAAACAAUUGGUAAUACACUACGCCGUGAAGGACUGAAAUCUUGCAGCGCCCGCAAGGUCCCCCUGCUCAAGAAAGCACAUAUACAGGCCCGUCUGAAGUUUGCCAAUGAACAUCUGAAUGAUUCAGAGGAGAACUGGGUGAAAAUGUUGUGGUCAGAUGAGACCAAAAUCGAGCUCUUUGGCAUCAACUCAACUUGCCGUGUUUGGAGGAGGAGGAAUGCUGCCUAUGACCCCAAGAACACCAUCCCCACCGUCAAACAUGGAGGUGGAAACAUUAUGCUUUGGGGGUGUUUUUCUGCCAAGGGGACAACUUCACUGCAUCAAAGGAACGAUGGAUGGAGCCAUGUACCGUCAAAUCUUGGGUGAGAACCUCCUUCCCUCAGCCAGGGCAUUGAAAAUGGGUCGUGGAUGGGGUAUUCCAGCAUGACAAUGACCCAAAACACACGGCCAAGGCAACAAAGGAGUGGCUCAAGAAGAAGCAUAUUAAGGUCCUGGAGUGGCCUAGCCAGUCUCCAGACCUUAAUCCCAUAGAAAAUCUGUGGAGGGAGCUGAAGGUUCGAGUUGCCAAACGUCAGCCUCGAAACCUUAAUGACUUGGAGAAGAUCUGCCUAGAGGAGUGGGACAAAAUCCCUCCUGAGAUGUGUGCAAACCUGGUGGCCAACUACAAGAAACGUCUGACCUCUGUGAUUGCCAACAAGGGUUUUGCCACCAAGUACUAAGUCCUGUUUUGCAGAGGGGUCAAAUACUUAUUUCCCUCAUUAAAAUGCAAAUCAAUUUCUAAUGUUUUUUACAUGCUACAUUUUUCUGGAUUGUUUUGUUAUUCUCUCUCACUGUUCAAAUAAACCUACCAUUAAAAUGACAGACUGAUCAUGUCUUUGUCAGUGGGCAAACGUGAAAGAAACAAAUGGGGUUAUGAAACGGGGGUGAGUUUGGCGAAAGCCUCGUAGCCAACACUGUACUGUACUCUCUACAUCCUGGACCCAUUUAGUACCGCACAGCAAACUGCUUCAUUUGACUAAUUUGUUUGUUCACGCACAGAAGAUUGGUUGUCAAACAUCGGUUUUAGAAUUGUUACUUUUUCACGGCUGUCUGCCAGGGUUGUCCGGAGAAAUAAUGUGCAAAGUUAGCUACGAGGCUUUCUGCAAACUCACCUCAGUUUAGUUAUGGUCAGACCCUCAGGAUAUACACAGAGUGUACCAAACAUUAGGAACAUCUUCCUAACAUUGAGUUGCACCCCCUUUGGCCCUCAGAACAGCCUCAAUUCGUCAGGGCAUGGACUACAAGGUGUAGAAAGCGUUCCACAGGGAUGCUCGCUCAUGUUGACUCCAAUACUUCCCACAGUUGUGUCAAGUUGGCUGGAUGUCCUUUGGACCAUUCUUGAUGCACAUGGGAAACUGUUGAGUGUGUGUGAAACCCAGCAGCGUUGCAGUUCUUGACACUCAAACUGGUGCGCCUGGCACCUACUACCAUACCCCGUUCAAAGGCACUUAAAUCUUUUGUCUUGCCCAUUCACCCUCUGAAUGACACACAUACACAAUCUGUCUCAAUUGUCUCAAGGCUUAAAAAUCCUUCUUUAACCUGUCUCCUUCCCUUCAUAUACACUGAUUUAAAGUGGAUUUAACAGGUGACAUCAAUAAGCAAUCAUAGCUUUCACCUGGCCAGUCUGUCAUGGAAAGAGCUCUUCUUAAUGUUUUGUAUACUCAGUGUAAAUCUAUGCUUUUUCUCUCAAACUAUUCACCAUCACUUUAAUUCAAUAGAAGAGCUCUCUUGCAGCACACUCACUGUUAUUGUUCUAUGCUCUUAACAUCAAACGGAUUGACUAAGUAGGAUGAAUGACUGCACUUAAAAAGGGAACCUAGACAGUGAACCUGUUCUUUUGGAGAAGACCCCAUCAUGGCAUGUGCUGUUUUAAAGAUGGAGACUAUUGACUGAUGAAGAGAGUCAAUGUAUCAACACCCUCUGUCUCCAGUGCUUUAUUGGCAACAACAAGUUGUCUGUUAUUUUAACCUGAUCUUCUAUCUUAACCUCUCUCUCAGUAUAUUCGACGCGGUGUACUCGCUCAUCAAGAACAAGAUCCACCGGCUGCCCGUCCUCGACCCGGUCAGCGGCAACGCACUUUAUAUCCUCACGCACAAGAGGAUCCUCAAGUUCCUCCAGCUCUUCGUAAGUAGGCCUAGCGCUGGGCUCUCAUAUAAAUACACACACUGUGGAUGGGAAUGUAAGAGCAUGCUGCCCCCUGUUGGAUUUCAAAAGAAUUAAAGAUUCAAUUUUUACAUUUUAAAUCAAAUCAAAAUCAAAUCAAAUCAAAUUGUAUUGGUCACAUGCGCCGAAUACAACAGGUGCAGACAUUACAGUGAAAUGCUUACUUACAGCCCUUAACCCCAGUGCAUUUAUUUUAAAAAAAAAAAAGUAAGAAUAAAACAACAACAAAAAAAAGUGUUGAGAGAAAAAAAGAGCAGAAGUAAAAUAAAGUGACAGUAGGGAGGCUAUAUAUACAGGGGGGUACCGUUGCAGAGUCAAUGUGCGGGGGGCACCGGCUAGUUGAGGUGGUUGAGGUAAUAUGUACAUGUGGGUAGAGUUAAAGUGACAUUUUAGUCAUUUAGCAGACGCUCUUAUCCAGAGCGACUAACAUGAGCAAUUAGGGUUAAGUACCUUGCUCAAGGGCACAUUGACAUAUGUUUCACCUAGACGGCUCGGGGAUUCAAACACUCUUAAUCGCUGGGCUACCUGCCGCCCCAUCUGACGAGAGCGGCAAAGGAAACGUACAAAGGCAGGGUGAUGAAAGGAUGAAGACAGAGCCUAGAGAGCUGUCCUUGGCUGAUUCAGUAGAGGAUUAGUUGAAUCUAUCUGAUUGCCUGGGACGACCACCUCGCCAGUCAAGAGGAGAGAGUGUGAUGACUAUACAAAGUAGUUACCCGUUUCAAAUCCAUUAAAUACAGGAGAUUAAUUUAAAUUAAUUUAAUCGGUUUGAGAGUUGGAGUCCAAUGAGGAUUCCUUGAAUUCCUGUGAACUGUAUUCCAUUUUGUUCGAUUUCCUGAAUUGACUGUGUUAACAGGGUAGCACUGUAGCAGUCUGCUGGCUAGAGAAGCAGUGUUGUCGAAAUGUAAGGUGUCUGACCUGUAGAAGUGAGUGUGAAAUGUAAACCACCUCUGGAUAAUGAAAUAGACAGCAGGAAAGACGUUUGGAAACAUGAACCCACUUGACCGAAGGACAUCCGUCUGUCCAGCGUUAGACGAAAUGAUAGACCAGAGGUGACUGCACACACAGGGACAGAUACUGACCGAAUAUAAGACGGACAGAGAGAAUAUGAGACAGAUUGGAAAAAAUACACACAUUCAUUAGUAAUAUGAGAAGGGCAUAUUGCAAGAAGGACAGAUAAACCGGACAGACCGACAUGGACAAUAUCAAAUGGGACAGGUACACUGCUAGAAAAAGACUGAGCUGACACACUACAUUAGACGGUCAAAUGGAGGUGAACCGUUUAGUUGAUACUCAAAUGUCUUGUCUCUCCUAUCUCUGGGUUGUGUUUAUUAGGGCACGCAACAAAAACUUUUGCAACAUUUCUGAACAGAAAAUGAGUGUUUCUCAUUGGCCAUGUCCAGGUAGUGCUGCCUGGUUUCAGUCUGUUUUCUAACGUUUCCCCCAAAAAAUCUCGCUUCUGAACAUAUCCUAGGUGUGUGAGAUGCCAAAGCCUGCCUUUAUGAAGCAGACCCUGGAGGAGCUGACCAUUGGCACCUACCACAACAUCGCCUUCAUCCACCCUGACACACCCAUCAUCAAGGCCCUCAACAUCUUUGUGGACCGGAGGGUGUCCGCACUACCAGUGGUGGACGAGUCGGGUAUGUGUGUGCAUCAGGCAGAGCAUAUGUCUGUGGUGUUGUAUGAUUUUUGUGAAGUUGGAUUCUGAAUCUCUUUGGUUUUGCUCUUUUCAGGGAAAGUUGUGGAUAUCUAUUCCAAGUUUGAUGUCAUUGUAAGUAAUCCCUUUUCUUAACACUUCAUGGAACACCCUUUGAAGAAGUUAACUAAUUUGUUGUUGACGAAUAUUCCUUAUCAUAAGUGUACGGUGAACAUUCAGAGAUGGACCAACUAGUUGUUUGUCUUCGCUGUGUGUAGAACCUUGCUGCUGAGAAGACCUACAACAACCUGGACAUCACAGUGACCCAGGCUCUGAGGCAUCGCUCGCAGUACUUUGAGGGCGUCAUGAAGUGCAACCGGCUCGAGACACUGGAGACCAUCGUGGACAGGAUAGUCAAAGCAGAGGUGAGAUUGACACACGCCCCUGACCUGACCUGAAAACCGUCUCCUGUCACAGCCUCAGACAUGGUAGCCUAAUAACAUAACAUCUCUCCUGUCCGUCUGACAUGGUAGCCUAAUAACAUAACAUCUCUCCUGUCAGUCUGACAUGGUAGCCUAAUAACAUAACAUCUCUCCUGUCAGUCUGACAUGGUAGCCUAAUAACAUAACAUCUCUCCUGUCGUCUGACAUGGUAGCCUAAUAACAUAACAUCUCUCCUGUCAGUCUGACAUGGUAGUCUGACAUGGUAGCCUAAUAACAUAACAUCUCUCCUGUCAGUCUGACAUGGUAGCCUAAUAACAUAACAUCUCUCCUGUCAGUCUGACAUGGUAGCCUAAUAACAUAACAUCUCUCCUGUCAGUCUGACAUGGUAGCCUAAUAACAUAACAUCUCUCCGGUCAGUCUGACAUGGUAGCCUAAUAACAUAACAUCUCUCCGGUCAGUCUGACAUGGUAGCCUAAUAACAUAACAUCUCUCCUGUCAGUCUGACAUGGUAGCCUAAUAACAUAACAUCUCUCCUGUCAGUCAGACAUGGUAGCCUAAUAACAUAACAUAUCUCCUGUCAGUCUGACAUGGUAGCCUAAUAACAUAACAUCUCUCCUGUCAGUCUGACAUGGUAGCCUAAUAACAUAACAUCUCUCCUGUCAGUCUGACAUGGUAGCCUAAUAACAUAACAUCUCUCCUGUCAGUCUGACAUGGUAGCCUAAUAACAUAACAUCUCUCCGGUCAGUCUGACAUGGUAGCCUAAUAACAUAACAUAUCUCCUGUCAGUCUGACAUGGUAGCCUAAUAACAUAACAUCUCUCCUGUCAGUCUGACAUGGUAGCCUAAUAACAUAACAUCUCUCCUGUCAGUCAGACAUGGUAGCCUAAUAACAUAACAUCUCUCCGGUCAGUCAGACAUGGUAGCCUAAUAACAUAACAUCUCUCCGGUCAGUCUGACAUGGUAGCCUAAUAACAUAACAUCUCUCCUGUCAGUCUGACAUGGUAGCCUAAUAACAUAACAUCUCUCCGGUCAGUCUGACAUGGUAGCCUAAUAACAUAACAUCUCUCCUGUCAGUCUGACAUGGUAGCCUAAUAACAUAACAUCUCUCCUGUCAGUCUGACAUGGUAGCCUAAUAACAUAACAUCUCUCCUGUCCGUCUGACAUGGUAGCCUAAUAACAUAACAUCUCUCCUGUCAGUCUGACAUGGUAGCCUAAUAACAUAACAUCUCUCCUGUCAGUCUGACAUGGUAGCCUAAUAACAUAACAUCUCUCCGUCAGUCUGACAUGGUAGCCUAAUAACAUAACAUCUCUCCGUCAGUCUGACAUGGUAAGCCUAAUAACAUAACAUCUCUCCUGUCAGUCUGACAUGGUAGCCUAAUAACAUAACAUCUCUCCUGUCAGUCUGACAUGGUAGCCUAAUAACAUAACAUCUCUCCUGUCAGUCUGACAUGGUAGCCUAAUAACAUAACAUCUCUCCUGUCAGUCUGACAUGGUAGCCUAAUAACAUAACAUCUCUCCUGUCAGUCUGGACAUGGUAGCCUAAUAACAUAACAUCUCUCCUGUCAGUCUGACAUGGUAGCCUAAUAACAUAAACAUCUCUCCUGUCAGUCUGACAUGGUAGCCUAAUACAUAACAUCUCUCCUGUCAUUCUGACAUGGGUAGCCUAAUAACAUAACAUCUCUCCUGUCAGUCUGACCAUGGGUAGCCUAAUACCAUAACAUCUCUCCCUGUCAGUCUGACAUGGUAGCCUAACUAACAUAACUCUCCCUGUCAGUCAGACAUGGUAGCCUAAUAACAUAACAUCUCUCCUUCAGUCGGACAUGGGUAGCCUAAUAACAUAACAUCUCUCCGUCAGUCUGACAUGGUAGCCUAAUAACAUAACCCCCCUCCUCCUCCUUUCACCCCUCUUCCUCCUUUCACCCCUCUCUCCUCCUCUCUCAUCCCCAGGUCCACAGGCUGGUGGUGGUGGGGGAGAAUGCCCGCAUCGUGGGCAUCGUGUCCCUGUCGGACAUCCUGCAGGCCCUGGUGCUCACCCCUGCAGGUAUAAACGCUGAGCAUUCCUCCUAAACGUAUUUGAAAGUAUUUUAGUUAUAUAUUUAACCAAGGUCUAGUCUGGGUUGACCGAGGCUCUUAACUUGCUGUGGAGUGUGACUGGGAUUUCCCUCUGGGAUACUGAAGCAUGCUGGAUGAAGGGACUGACAAGGGGACCACUCUAUGUGGAAUACACAGGGUUUGCUUGCUUCAACAUAAGCAAGCUUGUGUGUUUUUAGUAUGGUUUGUGGCUAAGGGUGUCUUUCUGUUGUAUUCAAAUAUAUGUUCUAGCAUGAGUGACAAUGUUCCUUGUGUGUGCCAUGUCAUGAAGGCUGAUAAUGAGUAGCAGGCCCUUCUAUUUAUCCUGACACUCUCCAUGCAUCCAUGCCCACCCUCUCCUCUCCUCUUAUCUCCUCCUUGAUGGAUUGCUUCUCUACCACUUCCCGCCUCCAUUCAUUCCUCUUUCCCGCCUCCAUUCAUUCCUCUUCCUCUCCUCCAUUCAUUCCUCUUGCCCUCCUCUCCAUUCCGCUUUCCCUCCUCCAUUCAUUCCUCUUUCUCUCCUCUCCUCUUUCCCUCCUCUCCUCCAUUCCUCUCUCUCCUCCAUUCCUCUCUCUCCUCCUCCUCCAUUCCUCUUUCCCUCCUCUCCUCCAUUCCUCUUUCCCUCCUCUCCUCCAUUCCUCUUUCCCUCCUCCCCUCCAUUCUGCUUUCCCUCCUCCCCUCCAUUCCGCUUUCCCUCCUCCCCUCCAUUCCGCUUUCCCUCCUCCCAUCCAUUCCGCUUUCCCUCCUCCCCUCCAUUCCGCUUUCCCUCCUCCAUUCAUUUCUCUUUCUCUCCUCUCCUCUUUCCCUCCUCUCCUCCAUUCCUCUCUCUCCUCCAUUCAUUCCUUUCUCUCCUCCCCUCCAUUCCGCUUUCCCUCCUCCCCUCCAUUCCGCUUUCCCUCCUCCCCUCCAUACCUCUUUCCCUCCUCUUUUCCCUCCUCCCCUCCAUACCUCUUUCCCUCCUCUUUUCCCUCCUCCCCUCCAUACCUCUCUCCCUCCUCCAUUCCUCUUUCCCUCCUCUCCUCCAUUCCUCUUUCCCUCCUCUCCUCCAUUCCUCUUCCUCUCCUCUCUUCCAUUCUUCGUUCCCUCCUCCCCUCCAUUCCUCGUUCCCUCCUCCCCUCCAUUCCUCGUUCCCCCAUCCUCCCCAUCCAUUCCUCGUUCCCCUCCUCCCCUCCAUUCCUCGUUCCCUCCUCCCCUCCAUUCCUCUUUCCCUCCUCUCCUCCAUUCUUCUUUCCCUCCUCCCCUCCAUUCCUCGUUCCCUCCUCUCCUCCAUUCCUCUUUCCCUCCUGUCCUCCAUUCCUCUUUCCCUCCACCAUUCCUCUUUCCCUCCUCCAUUCCUAUUUCCCUCCUUUCCUCCAUUCCUAUUUCCCUCCUCUCCUCCAUUCCUCUUUCCCUCCUCCCCUCCAGACCCACUGUCUGAUCCCAGCCUCUAUCCAUCAGAGAGGCUCUCUCUCAUCUCUACAUGUCAACACAUUUCCCCCCUGCUAUAACCAUCCAGAAUUGGUUUAAAUAGUAAUUUUCUUUCAAAUAUUUCAGCUUUGCUUGAUUGAGUUUGCCUGGCGCACUUCAGACAGGCUUAAAACACUCAAAGCAUUUCUUUCAACACAGACUCUACACCUUCAGUUCGUUCAUAUGUAAGAUGUUUUAUUUGGAGAAGACAUACCGUCUCAUUGGUAUUAUUGUGAGAGCUCACCAUGUAUCAGUACAUUUCCUUGUGAUUCAUCUCGAAUGUCAGGAAGGAACAUCCCAUGUUGCGGAGGUCCUAAGUUGCUUGUCAGAUGAGCCACAUCACCGGAGGUCUAGAAUCUUCCACAAAGCAGAAUUAUCUCACUCUCCAUACAACUAUUACAUUUUAUGUCUCUUUUUCACACGACUAAAGUUGGCUAAGGAACACCAGAGUGCCAAGGAUUAUCAAUACUGAUAUCAAUACUGCUGUGGCCCAUCUCUAAGUAAACCUUGUCAGAAAAGCCACACACCUGGACUGGUCCAAUAAGAAAUGCUCAUUUUCAUUAUCUGUUGCAAAACAUUUGAAAACCCUUUUCUGUUGUGUUCCCAACCCCAGUUUUCAGCCUGUCAGAGAGAUGAGGGAGUUGUGCAGGCGUUGGGUUGAUUACUGUGUAUCUAGAUGUAGAACACUGCAUAUUAAUGAUCUGCUUGAGGAAGUGUGGUGAAUAUUAACACGCAUCGUUUUAAAACAGAAAUGCAAGACCUCACAUUUCUGAGGUUAAGACAAUUGUGUAAUACAUUUUAUAUAAGAACACACACAGAGAUGCCACCAACAAACAAACAGGCGGCCUCUCCUGAGCAGCAGCAGUAAUUGAAUCACAAAUAUUUUGACUUGGAUAGAGACAUGAUGUGAGAUCACAGCCAUUUACGGCCAAAUAGAUUUAGCCUCAUGCUUUAAUUUAGAUUAUCUUAUCUAAAUGCAUUAAUCAGGAAACCCAGGUCUUAAGUUAGAAUGGGUAUGCAGCUAAUUAGACUUAAUGAGAACAGAACUAGAUUUCCACUGCUAACUGGUCAUUUACACAUCUCUGAAUGCAGCUGCAUGAGGAUGGUCAAGAGCCCCUGAGACACGUCCAUACUAACCCAACUCCUCUGGCUCUUUCUCUCUCCAGGCAUCGGCAGGAAGAGCAGCCAACCACAAUCAAAAGCGGAGGUAGAGACUGAGGCUCCACCAUAAAUAUUGGUAGAAGUAGAGACUGAGGCUCCACCAUAAAUAUUGGUAGAGACCGAGGCUCCACCAUAAAUAUUGGUAGAGGUAGAGACCGAGGCUCCACCAUAAAUAUUGGUAGAGGUAGAGACUGAGGCCCACCCCCCUCCCCCCGUGAUAGGGGAGACAUGGUCACAUAGGUGACUGACUCGGGCUGAUCAACCAGGGAUCAUUUUACUAGAGGGUCUGGGGAGGCGGCUGUGCCUCCUCUUCUCCCCCCCCCCCCCCCCUCGUCCUCCCUUUUCUGAAGAUUGUGCACCAUCACUCCCCUCUACUUUUACCCCCAGGAUGUUCCAGAAAUAACCCCUAGCCCCUACCCCCUUGUUUAGACUUGACAGGAGUGGAAAGGUAUUAGCAAUAUGGAUAAUAUUCCACCUAGGCCCUCGAGGUGGUUUGAGUUAUUAUAAGCUUAUUUUUAGUUUCAGGGUAUUUAUUUUCCAUCUUUAUCAUGAUCGUGUCUGCUCUCCUUCAGGGAAAGAGUAUUGAGUUGUUUUUUUCUUUAUUUGCACAAGGUUUUGUGAACAGAACCAAGGGAUGUCGGUGGCUCUCCGAAAACUAUACCAAUCCCCCCCUGCAACUUAUGAUGUCCCUGUGACAGUGGGCGGAGCUGGCUGUCCUGCCUUUAACUUCAUUGGUGCCUUUCGAGAGAGAGAUUUUUGAAAAAGUAUUUUUGAAAGAGAGGUGAUGAUAUGAUGACUUUGUUGUUCAAUGCAAUUCAAGAAGCAGCGGCUGCCUGUAUACAGUAUAUCCUAAAUGUAUCUAUACUUCUCCAGUUACUUGGAGGCAUGCAAGAUAUAUCUUGUACUGUGGAUCAAUCAUACUGUAAAUAUAGAGAAACCUUUGUACUGAGGAAACUUUAAAUGCCAGAGAAAGGACAGUUAUUUUUCUGUUUAGUCAAUACUGUAAGAUCAUAUUCUUUGUAAUAUUUACUGCUUUUCUUGUCAUUCAGGUUGUGGAGUAUAUUGUUGAUAGUCUCAGUUAAGUGGUUUAUUCAUUGAAAAUGAACAGCAUGAGUACGACAUAAUAUAUGUUGUAGAUUUCUGUUAUUUAAUUUUUUAUUUUGCGGUUUAAAAAAGUAAUAAAACAUAC